AUGCUGGUGAUCCUGCUGAACUGCGUCACCCUGGGGAUGUUCCAACCCUGUGAGGACGUCAGCUGCCAGUCAGAGUGGUGCCGCAUCCUACAGGUGAGUGGAACUCACACACACUUUUAACCUGGCACAUAAAACAUUACGUCAACUUCUCUAUAUGAUAUAAGCUUAAAUAGGAGAAGCAGAAUAACUGUCCAAGCACUUGUUUUCAGAUUUCCAGGAAAGUGAAAAUUUUAACCGAUUUUAUGAAUAACAUAAAGGGGUUUACCACACUGUAUCAUAUUGCAAUGUAUUAUAAUGUACUGUAUCAGAAAAUAUUAGAUUGCAUCCAAUCAUCUCACAUCAUUUUGUGUUAUAUCAUAGUAUGCCCCAUCUGACCCCAUCAUAUUAAACUGUGUCAUAUCAUAUAAUCAUAUCAUAUCAUAAUCAAAUCAUAUAAAUUAUUUUUCAUACAGUAUAUGUCACAUCAUAUUGUAUCUAAUCAAAUAUUAUAGUUGUGUGUCAUAUUAUCUAAUUUAGUCCAAAAUCAUAUAUCAUGUCACGUCAUGUCAUGUGUCAUUACGUAUAUCAAAUCAUAUCAUAUCAUUUUAACUUAAUUCUCUAUAUCACUCCAUAUCAUGUCAUCAUACAUCAAAAUUUAUUACAUCUUAUCUUUCUUUUUUUUUUGUAUUGUAUUUUUUGGUAUAUAUCAUCUUUUGUCAUAUUUUAUUGUUUUGUAUGGCAUCAUACUUCUCUUUUUAAUUUUUUUUUUUCAUAUUUCAUUGUUUUAUAUUAUAUUGUAUUGUAUCAGAUUGGAUCAAAGUGAUUCUAUAUUAUGCCAUAAAACUCUGCUUUAUCCUUUCAUAUGAUAUCGUCCAGUUUAUAUUGAGAGUUUUUACAGCAUAAUAAAGGCAAACACCAAAUUGGACAGGGUGGAUGAGCAAGUCAAUCCACUAAUUACAAGAUUAAUCCCUGUCAGAAAAUUCAGUUUUAGCUCUUAACACUUGUAGAGUUUACAGAGUAUAAAAUCCUAUUUUCAUUCCUCUACAAGCUCGAUCAUGUCCCCUGUUCCACACAUGUUUAAAGUUGUUUUGAGGUGUCAGAAAAUUGCAGAAUCCCAGUGAGUAGACCCAAAUUGUAAAUAACUGGUAAUGAAAACAUCUUUCAUUAUUGUCUCAUUUCUCCUUUCUCAUUUGUUUCAAAAUUGCUUUUCCUGUGGAGUGAUGUUUAUUCUUGGCGGGCUGAGAUGUGCUCAUUAUAUUCAAACACAGACGUUCUUUUUGCUGUGGUAGAUGUCUAAUUAAUUAAGACACAGCCUUAACCGUGCUAAGCCAGAGCUAUUCCCUCCAGGGAUGAAACUAACUAAUGGAGACAGGAAGUUCUUUGUAGACACCCUCUGCUGGCUCCUCUGCAGCUUCUUUUAUAUUGUGGCACCAUAGUGAGGUGGAAAGUAAACAAAGAGCUGACCUUUCUCCUGUUGACAAGAAGUCAAUUCCUCUUAUUUUCUUGUCAUCACUGUCAAACUUUAAUAUUGUCUGUGUGUUAUUUCCAGGUUUUGGACGACUGUAUCUUUGCUUUCUUCGCCGUGGAGAUGGUCAUCAAGAUGGUCGCCUUGGGAAUUUUCGGCCCAAACUGUUACCUUGGUGACAAGUGGAACCAGCUUGACUUUGUCAUCGUCAUGGCAGGGUUAGUAUCCCAUGGUGCUUUUUUUAGCUAGUGCCAAAGCUAUUUCUCAUUUCCUCCCAUCAUCUGAAUCUGGACGACGCAUGUAUGCUUGGAAUGAUAUGACACUUUACUGAACACAAACAAAAAAUCAGACAUAAAGGAAUGCAGUCACCGGGGUAACUGGGGCUUUUAAUUUGAAGGCUGGAGGAGAAGUUGCCUCUCUACUAUAAGCUGACAAACCUUUAUAAAGGCUUGCAGCCAUAGUAUACUGCAGGCUGAGAUGUGGGCAGGACCCAAUCAGCAGCAGACAUUCCUUCAGCUACUCCCACGCUCUGGACUGAGGCAGUAUGACGACACUCGAUCCUUAUGCAGGCAGCACAGUCACACAACUAAGAGCAUCAUUUUCUCUCUCUGCCUGUUUGUCAUAUUUACAAUGUUUAGGUGCCACAAAAAGAGACUACAACACAGCCUUGGUUCAAUCAAACGCAACACGCACUGUGCUUACAUGGAAAGCUGCCAUUAUACGCAAUAUUAUACCUUUUCUCCAUCUCUGUUUAUCUUGUUUUCUUCUUUGUAGUCAGAUCUAUGGCAGUGCAAAAAGACAUAAAAUGAAGGACAUGUAACUACCUCAGACUCCACAUACCUUUAAUUGUUCAUAACAGUGCUUUCUCUACUGUGUACAGUUAUAUACUAUGUGUCUUGGUUUGACAUCUUGCUCAGUACAUUUACUGUUGCUGGUUAUUUACUUCUGCAAUAAUGGCCCAUGCACUGCUGCCAUUAUCAUUACAAGUCACAUGCAGUCGGAGCAUAAUGGGUGCAUGUACAGUAACUAUUCAAGCCAGCUGACUUAACAGAGCCCAUAUAAACAACAGAAUAACAGGGCCACACUAUAUAAGGGAAAAAUAGAUCUAAGUUAAAACAGAGUAUUAAGUCAUAAAGCUGAAAUAUUCAAAGAUAAAGUCAUAUUUUUAUAAGAAUAAACCAGUGUUCAUUUUAUUGAUGAAAGCUGGAGUGCAGAGGAGAUUGAGGUUUGCUUCAUUUUGACAGAGCAGCUCAUGUAAAUUCAUGUCAUAAAACCCAUUUUAUAACAAACAGAGGAAUAAUCUAAAUGGUGUAGUAGACCAUUUAUAAGUAUUUUUUACAAGUUUUUGUGGUUAUCAAAAAUUCUGACAAAUGUUUGUUUAGUUUAAGUAAGCAGGAAACAUCAAAAGUGGACCAUAAGACAUCCAAAUAAGUGCAAUAAGUGCGCUGUGAAAACAAAACCUGAAUCCCUCCAUUUUUCUUUCUCAUAUAAACUUGUGAUAUAUGUCUGUAACAAAUGUGCAAGCAGAUAACGCCAGUGCGAUAUUUAAUGUUCGCCUAGCAACUCAAUUUCAAAGCCCUGAUCUGCAUUAGUUUAUAAAUAGGAUAUAUGACAGAUUUAGUCAGAUGACUCAUAGUAAUAAUCAACACUAGAUGCAGAUGACAGUGCUGCAAGAGGAGUGUCUGUACAACGUGCCUAUCUAGGGGCGUUGCUUGGACUCAAGGACAUAGGGGUCUUUAUGUGUGAAUUCAUAGCACUUUAUUUGAAGUGACAGAAAUAAAACACAGCUACACCAGUCAUAGAAAGAGUAGAUCAGAAGGAACAGCACCAUUAAUGGGAGAGUGAAUUAACUAAAUUAUCCAUCUAAGGUAAGGAAUCCUGAUAGAAGUGUUUAGAGAGUUAAACAUUACAGAUGCGCUUUGAUUACCGGUUUCUGAUCAAUGAAUUACAUGUCUGAAGAGAGAGUUCUGACUUUAAAUAAUGACUACAUUGUAAUGACUUUUUAUGGAGUAAAACUGGAUCAACUCAAACUAGAGUAUAACUUUAAAACCAUAAAGACUAGAAUGUGACUAAAUCUUAAACAGCUUAUUUUCAAAAGACUAGGACCACGUCUAAAAUGACGUAUGGCUUUUUUUGCCUUCAUUUUAUUUUGAAGGGGCAUGUUGAAAGAGCAGGUAAAUGAAGAACAAGGAGCAUAUUGUAAUAAGUUUCAUAAACAGCUAAGUACUUUAUCUAUCAGCACAUUAGCACUGUAGUGUCAUGAGUAUCAGAAUUCGCAAGCCAUUAUGCAAUAGUCUUUGCUGAAGGAGGGCUGGCACCAUAGGUAUAGUAUAGUAUAGUAGAGUAUAGUAUAGUAAGGCACCAUAGACAGCUUGUACAUGCUUCUGCAGCCACUGUUUGGUCUCAGCUGUUAAGUUUGUCUUUACAAGAGUAUCUGUUUUACCCUGGUGGGUUGCCUCUCUGAUACCCUCUGUUGUUAUUUUACAUAUACAGUAUAGUAACCAUAGCCUGUAAUUACAACUUCUCUCUAUCAAAUUACAGCUUAGUCCUGACAACCUAAUUUCCCUGAAGUACAACUUCAUUCAGCCUUAAGUUCCCAUUAAGUUCUGACCUUUUCCCUCCAUUCCUUUGUUGUUAUACUACUUCAAUUUAAUACUUGAAAUCUCAUUUCUUUUCACGUACAUUCAUACCAAGAGUAUGUUCUUUAAUCAUUUCAGUAUUUUUACUCUAUUGUACUACAUGUCAAUUUAGUUUUGUGUAUUCCUUUUAUUUCCACUGCUCUUUCUUCUCCCUCCCUCAUUCCUCUCCCUCUCUCUCUCUGUCUCUCUAGUAUUGAAUGCCACUGUAGUGCUGUAGUUUUCCCUGAGGAUCAAUAAAGUUUUGAAUCUGGUCUAAAAGCUCUCCUUCCUGUCCUGUCUUUCUGUCUCCUCAGGGUGAUGGAGUAUUCUCUAGACGGCCACAAUGCCAGCCUGUCAGCCAUUCGGACAGUCCGAGUCCUUAGGCCUCUGCGGGCCAUCAACAGAGUGCCAAGUGAGUCCAUGUUUAAACCUUUGCGUUCCCCUGUCUUGAUCAAGAUUGAUCAGCCUGUUUGCUAUACUGAGCACAAAGUCAAGUUGUCUUUUACUAAUCCUUGAAUGGAAAUUUGCUCUCUACAUCCAGCGCUUCCUGGGAACAAGAAUUAUUUUGCCGCCUUUAUAUAACAUCAAAUUUGUCAACUGUGGGAAUGUUUUUUACCCAGUGACUUUAUAAAGUUAAACAGUGUUCCUUCAACUCUUCCUGUUGUACAAAAAUAAAGCCAAAAUGUCCCCUGCACAUAGGUCACUGAUAUAGAUAUUUGAGGUCAGGGUCUGUGCAUAAGGACUCAACUGGUGGAGUCCAUGAACCAUAAUACCUGUUUAAUUUAACAAUAAAGGAUCAACUUUGACCCUUAUCAUAACAGAUUCAGAUGGUUUUGGAGAGUUAAAGCUCCUAUGAGGAGUUAGUGAUGCCUUUACGUGAUAUCCAAAAGCAAAAAAUCACACCAGUGACAGAAUUGUUAAUUAUUUUCUACUUUAAUUUCUAUAACCGGAAACUGGUGCAAAGGGGGUAGGUGUCAGCCAAGCAGCCGAAUAAAAUAAAAAAACAAAAGCAGCCCUGUUUUUACAAUUUCCACAUAAACUCCACAUCAAAAGUCAACAGGAUGAGAUUUUGUGUCAAAUGUCAUAACUUCUGUGUGUAGAUGCCAAGAUAAUGAGAGACUGUUUUGUUCACAGGGGGCGCCAAAAUCGACACAAACCAAAAGUUUCCUACAGGAGCUUUAGAUGACUCCUGCAUUACAACUAAAUCAAAACAAACAAAAACUAAACUCUUAAAAACACAAAGGAAGCUCCUGUUACAUCAAUUUUGGCGCCCCCUUUUGGACAAAGCAGUCUACCACGAUUUUGUCUUAACAUAGAAAUCUUAUCCUGCUGACUUUUGACAGUAAUAUUUAUAAUUUAUUGACAAUAUUUAAUGCAGAAAUUGUAAAAUCAGAGCUCUUUCUUUGGCUGCUUAGUUGACACCUACCCCCUUGCACCGCUCAAGGCAUUAAAAAUCACAAGACUUUUGAAUGCCUUGAUAAAUACCUUGAGAUAAUCAUGUCUCUAGUGGUCUUGUUUACUUAUGAAUAUUAUAACAGAGCAUCAAUGUGAAUUUUGGUCUGUUUCGUUAACGUCAAAAACUCCUCACAGAAGCUUUAAUUUGACAUUUUAAUUCAUUUAAAAGUUUGACGCAUGUCCUCUCUGUUCACAUGGAGGAGUUGAGAUUUUUAGAUCUUUACUGCACUCAGUCAUCAGGAGCGGUCAUGUUUCCCUUUUACAGCGUGUGAUUUUCACCUUGGUGUGCUAUGAUACUGCUCUGAGAAAUAUAAGCCAAACUCCAGGGAAGAAACGUCAUAUUUUGCUGUCUGUAUUCUCAGCUAAUUUUGCUAAAUAGACCAAUAAUCCAGGAGUUUUGCUCUAAUCUCCUUCUGCGGUUUCAUGGCACCACUGUUGAGUGUAUGCGCUUGCUCAUCGUUUGUCAUGAGCCCAAAGGCUCCAUGACAAAGGGCGCCAUGAAUCUACAGCUUAAGGGAGUCACUGGACAAGGAUGUCAAAACAACAUACAGGAUUACAAACUAGCAUAAGCCAGGCAUGCCGCCAAGCUCGAGGGGUUGGAUUCAAGCUGGCUGUGUUGGUUGCCAUUUUGAUCAAUACAUCUCUUAAACAGGUUUCAAACAUUUAGAUCUGACUUGUUGCUCUCAGCUGUGAAGAGUCUGGUGUCAACCUGUUUGUUAUUUUGUCUAGUUUGGCCGAUUUAAUGUUUGGAAACAAGAUUUAUUACACACACAAAAAAAAAAAAUUGAUUUUCACAACAUUGAGAGCCCAUGGGGAGUUUUGUGGGAGGUAUUUGUACUUCAUUGACUAAUUUUGUUGCCAUGGUAACAGAUGCCUGUGCGCCGUCUGGCUACAGCAAGCAGUGUGAGUUAUGACCACAUUUUCCCAGAGUGAGCCAGUUGUUGGCAUGUAACUGAGGUUGACCUGAGACUCCUCCACGCACAUGAUGACGUUCAUUUUUAGCUGAAAAAGUAAACUUUGUUUGUUUGUGUGGAUGCUUUGGGCGAAAACACAACCAUAAAGCAUCACAUGUUGUCUGUUUCCACUAUGCUUUUAUUAACUCCCUCUCUUUCUCUCUCUUUCUCUCUCUCUCUUCUUUGCCACUCUAUUUGUCUGAACCAUUACGCUCUCAUAUUGCUGUUUGUCUUUCUGCCUAAAUGGACUUGAAGAAGACAGAUGAGCGUUUGUUUUGUUUUGUGGCCAAGGUGCAAUGAGCUACACGAUCGAGGCUCUAUUUCCUCGAAAAUGUGGAACAACCAGUGCAUGCAGCCUCCGGGCCUGUUUUUCUGACCUUGGUUUUGUUUUUCCCAGUCAAUUCUUGUAUUCUGGUGUAAGGUGCAGGGUUCAGGAUCCAUGGGUCUAAAAAGAGGUGGACAUAGGUAAAAGGUUAAAUGCUGGUUUGUGCACAGCUGAUACCUUUUUCAUCUUACAACUGUCAGACACAGGAAUGUAAACUCUAUAUUUCCCAUGAUUAAUCUUUAGAAAUAUUUACAAUCAAUUAAUGUUCACUCCUAAAAAAUGGAUCAAGUUAUACCAUAUGCAUAAUUUCUGAAAAAUCUAAUGUGGAAUUGCUGGGAUGCCACUUGCUUAGUGGUCUCGAUGUCCCCCAUGUACAGGGGUUGUGCCACAUUGCAGUUGGCCAGGUUCCAGUCCCAGCCGGUGGCCUCUAACCAUGACUUAAAAAAGGAAAAAUCCAACUAUUUUAGACUCAGAGUGCCCGGUUUUCUGCAUACUUGUUCUUGGAGUGCAACCAGGUCACAGCAAAUCUAGAGGCACCUAUUGAGUUGGUAUGUGCCACUUUGCCAGCCUGGGAAGUCUCUUUGCAUUAUUUUUUUCAAAGAUUGGGUGAUGUUCUGGCAACUGUUGUGUCUUGCUGCCCAAAAUGAGCUUGCUGAAACCUUUCCCAUGUCUGUAGCCCCUGGCAGAGUGUCUCUGUGUUACCUUUGCAACACCUAUUGCCAGUUAGCGUUGACACACGCUUUAAAGUUGUAACAUAGGGUGACCAUACGCCCUCUUUUACCUGGACAUGUCUUCUUUUUGGGGGGCUGUCCGGGUUUGUCCAGGGAAGUUUACAAAAUCCUUCAAAUGUCCACAGUCUUGUACGUAAGUUUCGAUUUUGUGUCACAUGUUCUUACUGAGUUAGAAGCACGUAAAAGACACUCGAUCCAACCAGAAAAACUCUCAAAAUUAACUUGCAACUUCGUGCAACUCCGUGACUCCGCCCCCUUUGGUCAUGUCCUCUUUUUGAGAAGUCAGAAUAUGGUCAUCUAAUGUAACACCACCCUGGUAGCUAAAAUAUGAACACACACAUUGUUCAUCUCAUUUUUAUUUUUCAGCAGCAACAAUUAGAUUUUAGCUGAACGAGACCCCUUCAUACAAAAUCUGCUUCAAGCCAUGGUCGAUGUGGAUGCUGUGAGUGUUUGUGUUUGCAGAUAUCAUUGCACACAGAAAGCUACCAUGGUUAGGCAGCUGUGUACUUCUAACUGUUUACAUAAUGCACACUUGUGUACAUAUCUCUGUAUUGUCUGUCUAAAGCAUACAGUUUGAGGCAGUUUAAUGAUGCAGUUUGUAUAAUUAGAGGCUUUGUUAUUGUCCCCUCUGUAUUUCCACUGAAACAGGAAACAGAAAAAGAGUGUGUCCAUUCAUUAGAUGUAAAAACAAAGAUGUGUUCAAAGUAAGAAAUAUAUCUUCCACGUUUAACUUUGGGGCUAAUGAGCACACACAGAAGCAAAAACAGAUAAACAGAUAAGAAGACGAUGCAGAUUCAGCUGUGAUGAGUCAUCCCCUCUGAGCGGGGACACUUCUCAGGGUACCAACAUCAGAAACUCCACAGCUGGACACUUUUUAUACUUGUAAACAACAGGGAAAGCCAGAUCUUCCUCAUGUUGUUUCCUGUGCUAGACCUUAUUCUAACACAGUUUCAUCUUUUUCCCCAAAUAUGCUGUAAAUCAACAGAACAAAACUAUCAUUUAAUAAAAGAAUAAACAAAGUAAAUGGAUUUUCAAAAGCUGUAUCCCCCAGAAUAAAAGACUCUUCAUUUAUCUCUUUUUAAGUACAGUUUUAAAAGUAUGGUCUUCUUAUAUUUGGGUCCAGAUUUUAUCCCAAUAAUUGUUUACAACAGUGGUUGGUGCCACUUAUCUAUAAAGCCAGUAUCCCUAUUGUGAACAAGGCCACCUGCCACUCACAACCACAGAGCCAGGGGGAUGAAACAUGGAGAGACACAGUGAUCGUCCAGAACCAAGCAGCACAAAAGUAGAUCAAGUUAUUGAACAACUGAGGUGAAUUCUAAGAUAAUAGUUAUAUAAAUAUAAUGGUUAUCAAUGCUGAGAGACACUGAGCAACUACCAAGAGGUAUAGCAGCAGAGUGUAAUGCCCAUAAAGGCCAACGCUCAAAAAAAAGAAGAUCCCCAAAGGGUCUCUGUUUGUGUGGUUGUAACUAGGUUUGGGUUUCGAGAACCAGUCCCAAAUUAAAACUGUUUUUUAAAUUUCAUAGGUUUGUGGACUGGGUAAAACAGGCACCUUUCAGUGACAUAAAUCUACCAAGGCUAAACCAUCUUUUACAUCUCUGCUAUAGGACCUGCUUGGCUAGUGGAAUGUUUAGUCACUCUUUCGCUGUAUACUCACAUAAGCCCACCCUGAUUUUUACCCUGAAGUACACUUCUUCCUGAGGCUGUGAUUGAUCAUGUGAGGAAGGCCUGAACGGCUUGAACAGCGUUUACUCGUGUAAUUAUAUCGGAGCUUAAUUUGGGUCCUGGCCCAGACAAGGUAAUUAAUCACAACGAAACAAAGUUAUUGACUAGAAAGUAAAAAAUAAACUCUGUAUCAGCUUACAGCUAAAUUGUUAAUUUUGACAUGAAAUUGGACCUAAUUGGACCUGAUUUUCUUCUGUCAACACAUCCGUCCAGUAAACUCUCGAAGAAACCAAGCUAUUUUUGCAUUUCAUCUCAAAUGUUAAUGAUUUUAAGGAGACUUGAAGGUGUUCUGGUAAAAAUUCUCACUGUCAUCAUUAGCAUUGACACUAUGAAUACUGUAAGUGUGGUCAAUGUGACAGGGCUGUGUUAUGUAUGUCAACUUGGGAACAGGCAGGCCACACUAUGAGGACCUCAGGGACCAGAUCCCCUGACGCUGCUGAUGCUAAACACAUCUGACAACUAGAGAUGGAUGCUGAAUGCAUGUGGUUAGAUAAUGCUAGCCACAGGGAAGCUGUGAAGUCAAAUCCCAGAAGAGGAAAUAACGUCAAACUGUCACGUCCAGUACUCUUCACCACUUGUAAAUCUAUUGGCUGUGGGCUAAAGUUGUGGCUUCCAAUAAGCUGACAAGAUCAAUAGGGGGUGUCAGGGUGGACGGUAACCAGGGGGCCAGCUGAAGCCACAUGCAAAAUUUGACUUUUUGACAUAUUGCAUGUGAGACAGUACAGUAAAUAUAGUAAAGAUAUGAUGUCAUCUAUGCUCUUGAUUUCCUGCUGUGAAGGUAUGCGGAUCUUGGUGACAUUGCUGCUGGACACUCUACCCAUGCUGGGAAACGUCCUCCUCCUCUGCUUCUUCGUCUUCUUCAUCUUCGGCAUUGUGGGAGUCCAGCUGUGGGCGGGUUUACUGCGCAACCGCUGCUUCCUUCCAGACGACAUCACACCGUAAGGAAUUUGGUCUUAUGAUAAAACAGUUUUUGCAUUUUUUUUCCUUUCUUUCUUUUGGGUGGAAGGAGAACAAACACCCUCAGGAAAUAGCUUCUCUAACACUUUGGCCAAAUCUAUAUUAGAUCUCAGUUCUAUAUUAGAUCUGCUGGAAGGAGCACUUUGGUGGGGGAAUAGGAUCUGAUUCAAGUCCUUUUUUUUCUGAGUUCAGACAACCUAGAGAUGAGAGGAGAACACUAACUCUACUCGUAGACUUAGAAGAUACAAUUAAUUUUUAAUUUCCACCAAACAGAAAAGUCUACCAUCUACCCUGGGAUUGUGCCUCAAGCAUACACACAUGAACUCUCAGCCUGCUUGGGCAUGAUCUCUCUCUCUUCUUUCCACCAUUUUAUGUUCUCAAAAUCUCCCCACGCUUUCCCCUUUUGCUUUGUCUUGUUGGACUUUGUGUUGAGUUGUCACAAGAUAUAACAGUCAGCAGUAGCCUGUGGCAAAGGAUUCUGAAAUCGUCACUUGUUCAAGUGCGCAGACCGUGCAGUGCCCACAGCGUGUCAACCACCAAAUAGCCUCAAAGAAUAAAAUGGCAAGGACUGAAAAGAAGGACAUGGAUAGGAUUGAAGCCCCUUUUUGUUGGAUAUCUCUAAAGUAGUGACAUAAAAAGUAUAAUGUAGCAGUUGUAAAACUACCACACAAUUAAUUCAAACUCUAACUCUAUGCAGAUGAUAUGAUUCUUGCUUACCAAAGUGGUUGCCAUAAUUACAAUAUUUUAGCAACGAGUGGAUCUGUUUUUGUGUGUGUGUUUUUUUUAGGUCGACAAGAUGGACAGUUUUCCAAUUUAACAUGAAAGCAAGGCUCAAACAUAAACAAUGCAAGCUGACAUGACAGACAAAACUGCAAAGCUAACCUUCACAGUACAGGGCACACAUUAUUAAGAUAUCAAUCAAACUCUAGCAUCUGUCUUAUCAUGUUUUCACACGAUAAAUUGUCUCUAAACAGCAUAUCACAACAUCUUCCUCCCAUUGAAGUCAUAACCUGACAGAAAAAACACACAAAAAAGUUCCCCAAAUUAGCCUAAGGAGUGAAAUUAUACUCUAUCUGUGCCCACAACCUCAGAAAGCAAAGCAUGUCCCUGAAACAUCCUUGAGUCAAUUCUGCUUUUGAUGUAAUGGUACAAAUUGUAUCAAAGCUAAUACAGCUGAAGCCUUUCUGGGUGCAAGAGAGAAAGAGAACAGCUGCUUAAUAUUUCAUAGCCAAGGAUGCUGAGUUUCUUUCACAGAACAAAUGGUUGUCUGACUUCCAGCAGAAUAUGAAGCCCAACUUUGUUUUGCACUUCAGAUGGAUGUUUAUUGUAGAUGAAUCCUGGGCAAAAAGGAAGUGGUAACAGCAUUACAGAUCAUAUUGCUAACAUUGCACAUCCUGCAAUGGGGCAAUUCAGCAUGCAAACAUUGCAAUGUUUGCACUAUAUAUCAUUCAGUCCUAAGCCAGAGUUAUGAUAACAGUUUUGCAUGAGCUGGAAAUGUGUCAACUUUUUGGCUCAUAGGGUGGAAUUAGUAUGGAUGCAGUCUCAGAACCCAUUAGCUACUGUUGAUGGGUUCGCCUCAGGUAAUAUAUGUUACUUCUCUGGUGUUGCCAGCCGAUGAUUUAAAUUGACUUCUUGCCAAAUCCCCCUUUUUUCCGCACUGUUUGUCAACAGUCUAAUUUGCAUCUUGACAAGUUUUUGUGUUCAGAUUAAAAGCAAAGGAAAAUUCAUCCCACCAAAUAAAAAAAUGAAAUAGAAAGGAAGCAAUUAUACCAGAAAAUACUGAAGUUGGACAGAUAAAGGACUGCAACAGGCAAACAGGUUGCAGGAAACACAAGAAAUAUAUCUACACCACAAUGGGAGUUGGUUUGUUGUCAGUCCAGAAAACUGGUUCCUCUGCACCAGCACUUCAAGAGUGAAUGUCACUCUGCAGAAAGGCACACUCAUUGUUGUGGAGGGCUCUUGACUCUAAAGGGGAGGGAAUAAAUAGACAGGUAAACUGUGGGAUGCACUCAGCAUGCUCUAUCACACAUACUGGAGUAGGAAUACAGCUGUCACCAUGGAUACUACCAAGAAAAUGCUUUGCUCGGCUCUUGAGGUAUAAUGUGAUAUUUCACUUUGAGUGCAAAUAGCCUCAAAAUAAGUAUGUGCUUUUAGUAUUCAACGAACAAAAUCCUGGUAGCAAGAGAGCUCUUUCAUCCUCCAUUUUCAGCCCAAGCAUCAAACGCCAGAGUCCAAGUGUAAUAUUAAGGUUUAUUUGUCCUCUGCUUCCCUUUAGAUCUUGAUUUUAAUGAAACAGAUGAGGAUGUAGUUGCUAAAAUGAAAUUGUGCUUUUGACUGCAACAGUUACAAUUUUUUUUGUUUGUUUUUGUUUUUCUAACCAGACUGUACAACUUAUCCAUGAGUCUUUACUACAUGUCAGAGGAAGGCGAGGACAGCCCUUUCAUCUGCUCGGGUCCCAGGGAGAACGGGAUGCUGCACUGCCGGGAUGUGCCGGCCUACUCCGAGGGCGGGGAAGAUUGCACAUUGACCCCUUCCUACCAAAGUUUAGCUCUGAUUGGUUCAGCCCCUGGAACAGGCGGGGCCAGUAAUAACGGAUGCAUAAACUGGAACUUUUAUUACAAUGUGUGUCGUUCCGGGGAGCACAACCCUCAUAAGGGAGCCGUCAAUUUUGACAAUAUUGGCUACGCCUGGAUAGCCAUAUUCCAGGUAAGAAUGGAUUUACUGGAAGUAUUAGCUUUGGAGUUAACUUAAGUUUUGAGUCUGUUACAACAGUAAACAAAAAAGAAUCCAGCAUAUAUAUACAGUUUUACCUUAUUGAUUUAUCUGUAAUGACAUGGCAAUUUAUUAAAUCUUUGAUAUUUUGCCUAAUUUAGCCAGCUACAAGCUAAUUAGCGGAUCUAGAUAAUGUCAAAGUAGUUGAAAUAACUUUGGUUAGUUUUUAGCAGAGAUUAUUAAACAUGAUUUCCCUUGUAGUCAUUUUACAAAGAAAACAAUACGCUAAUAAUAUCAGGUGAUGUAGCUGAGCUAACUGAAAUAUUUUCUCUGUAUAAAGCUAACCAUAUGCUAAUAAGCUGACUCGUUUUGCUAAUAAUAAUUGCGGUAAACUAAGACAGACAUUUUUGAAUCAGAUGUUAUAAAAAUGCUUCUAUUUUCUCCUAACAUCAUGAUGUUCUUUGACAAAAACUGGGAGCUAAAAAUUCAUCAGUCAAUCAUUUUUAUUUAUAUAGCGCCAAAUCACAACAGUUGUUAUCCCAAGAUGCUUUCCAAAAGAUAAAAAUGUGAAGCUUGGUUGAGCAUAACUUUCUGUUAGUCACCAGUUAGCUUAGUAGCCGGCUCGUCUUGCUGAUGGAAGAUUCAGAGAACUAAGUCUAACCAAAACAGCAUUAUGUAGAGCCAUUUUGCAAAGAAAACAGGUUUCAUUACUUGAUGUCUUUGCCAACCUAAACAGUUGUACCUAUUUGUCUUUGCUAGCUGUUAGCUAUUGCUGACUCAUUUUGCUCUUGCUAGUUGUCAAAAACUUGUCAAAUUGUGCUCAGUUAUUUUAUUGAGUAUGUAUGAUGCUAAUAAUACCACUUUUUAGUAAUUUUCUUUAUAUUUAGUAACAUAUCGAAGAAAGCUGUGGAAAUGAGAUAUUUCCGAGAGAGGCAGUAUGUCAUUUUAAUUUUGGCAGAUGAAAAUAUGCCUGACUAGACUGUGAAUUUACCAGUUGUCAAAAGCUCCUUUGUAAUUUAAAUUUAGUGUGAGAAAGUAGGUUUACAGAGCGGAGCUAAAACUAACUAGCUUGAGCUAGCUGGCAGCUAUCGCAUGCCAUUCUAGUAAAAGUAAAAAAUUGAAGGUCAAACAACCAGCAGUGAUUGGCUGGGCCCAAACAGAGAUGGUAAGGAUGUUAUCUGUCAGAUAAAGAAUAAUAACUAAGAUAUUUCUUCUAUCAGGAUAUCUGAGGGUGUGUAUACUGACUCAAAAGCUAUUUCUCCUAAUCACUAGUUCCAAAAAUGUACUUUCUCUUUCAGCAGCCCUAGGAGCUUUGACAGGCUUAUCCCCAUCUCAGUCCUUGUUCUAACACUUUCUGUCCUGUUGCGAUGAGUCCCUGCCGUUUCAUUACAUCUGUCCAGAUGGGGCUAAUAGAUCUGUCCCUGUGUCUAACAGACUUAGACAUGUACACGGUUUUUAAAGAGGGUCUCAUUUUCAAGUAAGCUGCAUUAACACUGAAGGCACACAAAGACAGCACACACUCGCAUCAAAAAGACAUAUCACCUCCUGGGGAGGUUAUACAACUUUCAAGUAUGUGCAUCGUCCAAGCUCACAGUUAGCGUCUUUAGAGAUUAAAUUUGACUGUUUUUUAUUUUAUUUUGUGAGGAUUAAGCAAGCAUCACUUUGAGUCUAAGAUGAAUUUUUUUUUGCCGUGUGUAAGCUGAGUAUGUGCUCACGUUUUAAAAGGAUCUGCACCUAGAGUUUAGGUGAGGAGUUUGUAAAUGACAACUGGUUGUCAGCAUAAGUCUUGGUUUUAGUCUCCAGGUGUAGCUCAGAAUCAUGAUUUAUGCUGCAGGGUAGGAGUCAGAUAAAGUGAUUAACAAUUUUUCCCCAGUCAACAGUCUCUGUCUACAUUUUUCCCAGCAAAAAUUAAACUCACACACGUUUUAGUAAAGAGGUGAGAGCUACCAAUUUGUCCAGGAUGCACCCAAUCAAUACAAACAAAGUUUCUUACCUUACCUUCAAAGAUUUAUUUCAACAGGUCUAGAAACUCUCAAAGAUUUGUUCCAAUGUGACAUAGCUCAAGAGACUGAGUCAAAUUUGCAUAAAUUUGCUAAAAACUCACUUUAACCUAUAACUGCACCUCUACUUUAUUUGCCAUUAGCUUGUCAUCUCAGAUCGACUUCAAGUUCAUCUUAUUUGGUUGUGUUGCACUUUCAAAUGGGAAUAUUAGCAUUAUGCUAACUAUUACAUUAGCACGGAGGUGGCUAAUGCUAAAAGUCGGUGUUGUCUUAAAGUAGCAAAUGGGUUUCAAAUGUGUUGUUUUAACCUGAAAUAUGUUCACACUGUCUUUUCAGCUGCUAAUCAAAUGAACAAGCAGUCAAAAGCUUACUUUCUCCAUACAGAUAGUAGCCUACAUUACAACUGUCUUCCCAGAACACAGCAUUUUGUCCUCAUAACAGGGUGUUAGCCUCCCACCCUGAGAGUGGCAUUAGCGGAAAACGGCCACACUGUGAAUUUAGUCAAUAAUUACAUUUUACAGGCUCAGAAAUGAGAAUCCUCUCCUCUUGUGUUAAUCUGGUGCAAGGAGGGCAUUCCAGCAGAGAGCGGAUUAGUCGCCUCUGUGUCUGUGGGUGUGUGUGUAGAACACGCAUCUGUGCUGUGUGAUUAUGAAAUGUUUGCGUCUGAUUCUGUAUGAAAACAGAGGAAUAUACACAUGCACGUUCGCUGUUGGCCCAAUCUGUGUUUGGACACCUGUUCGGUGUAUGUUUGCUCAUGCUUUUGUUGCCUGCGCGCUAGCACUUUAAGCUGUAAUGUGUGAUGCUAGCUGAGGUGUAAAUGUUGAGGUGUGAGCGGAUCAUCGGCUUGGCUGAGCUGAGCCUCCGCUUUCAGGUCUCAGCAUCUCGGCUGCUUAUUAGCAUAAUGGCUACAUGAAAGAGCUGCGUCAGUCCCAUGGCACACACACAGACAGAAAUACUCCCAUAAACACAUAUAUGAGAAGUUGGACAGGCAUCACCGCAGGCUUCCUUCAGAGGGGAACAGACAUAAAAACUGAAUUGGAAAUGCUGUUGUGUACCUUGACUGUUUGUGCGCCUCUUGGGUGCACUGUUUUAAGUGUUUGCACUUGUGUGUCAUGUAUUUUUAAAGACAAUAACUGUGCAGACUCAUGGAGGAAUGAUGUUUUUUACAUAAUUCUCUCCUCUCUGUCUGUCUGUCUGUCUGUCUCUGCCACCAGGUCAUCACACUGGAAGGAUGGGUGGAUAUCAUGUACUAUGUCAUGGAUGCUCACUCCUUCUACAAUUUUAUAUAUUUUAUACUGCUCAUUAUUGUAAGUACACUUUUUAUCCACCUCUCUUUUUCUAACAUCUCCUGACAUUCAGCUGUGCUGCAAGGACUCCGAAAGCAUGAUUCAGAAUUGGCAGAAAACCAAUCAAUGAAUGAAAACUGCUCUUUCUAGGUUAAAAGAAAUCAAGCCACCUGGGCUUUGUUUGAAACCGACCAAAGCAAAACAUGCUAAACUUUUUAGAAAGUCAUCCCAAAGUUUUAAAAGACUUGGCUUAUUUCGUGGAAAUAGCAAUCUGCCCAGUCCAGUUUUGGGCCGGUGGGAAUUAGUCUGAACUACAGAGUCAAGUAGUAUACUAUGCUAGUCAAAUCUGAGACUCCAGCUUGUAACAUCCUGACUCAGAAAUAAAAGACAAACAUCUUCAUAAAGAAUUUAUCCACAUAUCCUCUCAGUACUAUCUGGGACAUUCAUAAUAUAAUCCUCUUGCAACAGCUCCACACUUUCCUCAACGAAUAUGCAAAUGCAUAAAAUGCUGAUCCUGAUAGAUAUUGUUGUGUGCUUGUAUUUUUGUUCUGCUUUAGAAAACCCAGAAUAACCUCCCUUACAUAGACCGCUAAUGUCUGCUUGGAGCUACUCCCCUCUGAUCAAGCUUGCAGACUUCAUAUCAUGUAUAAUUUCACUCCUAUCAUGCUGUUGUGGAGGUUUUUUAAGGAUCCUAGCUUUGGCUUUAUCUUAAAAUGCUGUAUGAGCUCCCCUGCGUGCCUGUCGUUUGAUGUAAAAAUGCUUAUUAUGCAUGCAGAGGGAGAGGGAGAAGGAGAAGGAGAGGGAGUGAGAAAAAUAUGGGAGGAGGAGGGUGAGAGAGAUGGCAAUGGAGGAGUGGCAAAAAAGAAAAACAAAGAAAAUCUGGAGAGAAAGUGGGUGAGAUGGAAAUGAAGAAUGCUGGGAGUAUCAGAGGAGAGAUUUAGAAAGAUGGAAAGAGCUCAUCUAAUUUUUUCAAUCCCACUUUCAUCUGCUGUAAUAGCAUGUUAAAUAGACACUUCAUUAUAGAUUUCUCAAACUUUCUAUCAAGGCCGUCUCAUCAGAAUUGGGUUUAUAUUUUAUGAUUUUUAAGUACUGAUUUAAACAGAAUUGGACCAGGAUCUGGCAAAAGAAAAAGGCUCACAUGGACCUUAAUAUGGUCUGAAACUCUUUUUCAUCAAACUUUUACCACUUUGAGGUGGAAUUAAGACAGUCUUGUUGUGCCCUCCUGUUAAAAGUAGACUUUAAUCCAUUUCACAUCCUCCUUGGCCUUAGGAGGCCUGUCAUUAAGGUAAAUUCAGGCAGAAAAGUUUUACAGCAGCUAAGUUUACACUCAUGUUGACAACCAGAUGGUAAAAGCGGAAUUACUUUAAACUAAUAUCUUUAUCUGCUCUUUCCUCUGACUCCCCAACCAGGUGGGCUCUUUCUUCAUGAUCAACUUGUGCCUCGUGGUCAUCGCCACCCAAUUCUCCGAGACGAAGCAAAGGGAGAACGCUCUGAUGAGGGAGCAGCGUGCUCGCUACAUGUCCAAUGACUCCACGCUUGCCAGUUACAGUGAGCCAGGCUCAUGUUAUGAGGAGAUGCUGCGCUACAUCAGUCAUCUUUAUCGCAAGUUUACACGCAGACUGCAGAGGAUAUACUCCGGUUGGCACAGGUUAGAUAUGGGCUGUCUGUUCUAAAUUUCAAAGAUUUUUCCAGUGAGCAUAAAACGACAGUGAGUUCAUCUUUUGUCUCUUUUCCUUUGACCAGUAAAAGGCGUAAAAAGGUGAAUCCAAAUGGCAGCGGUGGAGGAAAUAAUGGUGGGGGGAAUGGACAUGGACACGGUUCCAGCAGGGGAUGCGGGGGCUCAGGCCCAGGUAGCGCUUUGUGGUUGAGACCAAUCCACAACCUUCUGCAGCACCAUCAGCACCAGCACUGUCGCCUUAGCAACGGGGGACAGCACACCAUCAAUGUUGAAACUGCAGAGUACAUGGAGGGAGGAGAGGAAGAGCUGGAGAUGAAAUCUCUACCUGUACGGAGAGGAAGUACAAAUGGAAAUGGUGGCGGGGUUGGCAACCCCUCAGCUGUCACCCACCGGAUGGGGUCGUUGCUGGGGCGAUUAAAUGGCGGGAUGAACUAUCCGACCAUUCUUCCAUCAUUUGUGUGCAGCUACAGCAGUAAGACACCGCCCCCUCAUUCUCAACAGUGUGGACAGUGUCCAGAGCAGCACCCAUUAAACCACCCAACAUCUGAACACACAGAAACACUGAACAAGCUCUACCAGCUGAUGGGACAGCACAGUAAGGGGACACACACACACUCACACAUAUUUAAUACACUCACAAUUAGCAUAUAAAUGGCAAAGAAGACAUGUAUUAUUACCACUAUGCUUUAUUAGAAUGUACAGUAGACAUCAACUAUGCACUACAUGCUAUCUACAAUAUAAUGGACAUUUAAUCUGUGCAGUAUACAUAAUGGGACACACAGUAAGCAUUACAUUCUGUAUGCAAUAUUUAUAAUGUAAUAUGUGUCUUUUUACUUGGAUUAAUGUUCAUUAAUUCAUAAUGGUAAUGUGUAUGCCUGAGUAUCACACACUUUACAUGACACAUAUUUUCAUCUCCAUGAGAGCUUAACCAUAAUUACUGACCAUGUAGAUUGUAUCAUCACAGACUAUUCUAUUCUAUUCUAUUUUGUUUCCGUCUAUUUUAUUUUAUUCUAUUCUGAUUUAAGUUAUUCUGUUUUGUUUUAUUCUAUUCUAAGUUAUUCUAUUCUAUUCUAAAUUACUCUAUCUUGUUCUAUUCUAAUCUAAGUUAUUCUAUUCCAUUUGGUUCCUUUCUAUUCUAUUAUGUACUGUUGUAUUGUGUUAUUCUAUUUUAUUCUAAGUUAUUGUCUUCUGUUGUAUCCUAUUCUAUUUGGUUCCUUUCUAUACUGUUCUAUUUUAUUCUAUUCUAUUUUAAUUUGUUCUGUUCUAUUCUAUUCUAUUCUAUUCUAUUCUAUCAUGCUUUGCCAUAGCCCAUUCCUACAGUCUAUUCUAUUCUAUUCUAUUCUAUUCUAUUCUAUUCGAGACCCUUUCAGAGUCUAAUGGCACCGUAAUAUUUUGGUUUCAGUUGGAUGCAAAAAGAGGACAAAGUGUAGGCAUCAUCAGGCAUCAAUCAUCAACACAGAGAGGAAGGGGACAUAGAGGUCUAAAAAUGUGUUCUUGUCAGGUUGUAGUUUUCCAGAAUCAAAGGGGAUAUAGUGAAGUCUUUGAACUAACAUUUCAACGUAGACCAGCCACCACUUUGCUUCAACAAAAACAACGACAGCUUUGGUCAAAUGCAAAAAGAUGAAAGAACUGGAAGAACAGCCAAAAACACUUGUGUGUACAGCCCACACUCUGUACAGCACAUAUUCAUUCUUUAAUGGAUGAAUGACAUUAUGUAUAGUCAAAGUGAUCAUUUCUGUCUCAUCAGAAAUGGGUUGAUCAGAAAUUACAUAAAAAGAGAAUGUAGGACCUGUCACAUUACCUGUUGGUUUCUUAUUUGAGUUUAAGACAGACCUGAAAAUCCCAGCCACUGCUCAUGAUUUGAACUGAGCCAGCUUUAAGACACAAAAUUCACCUUAACUGAGUGACAACCUGAGUCAUAUUAUAGCCAAAAUAAGCCAUCAAACACUCCCUGUUUUCAAAGGUACAAUAAUCUGCUUAACUGAGACGUCAUUUCUUAUCGUUUUUCAAAGUUUUGCCAGUUUGCCCAUUACACUUCUACGUCAAACUAACCUCACAGUCUUUAAAUUCCCCCCAACACUUGGUCUUCAUGACCUUGAUUUCACAUUAUGUUUUUAUCUUCUGUUUUCUUUGAGCAAAUACCUUUUCCUUCCGCUCAGGUUCGGCUCAAGGUAGCCCUUGGUUAAAUGUGUUUGUGUGUGUUUGUGUGCAGUUGUGUGCGUCUAAAGCAGCGCUUAGGGAGUCCUGACAGGAAAUCCAUGUCUCAAGUGUUGCAGUCAUCAGUGCAAAGAGGUGGAUAAAGGGUAGGAUUGAAGGAAUCAGCUCUGUGUGUGGGGGGUAGCGGAAGGAAGACUAAGUAGGGGGUGCGAAGUAAAACCUAACACACAAGUUCUCUGAGGUAGGAGAAAGAAAAAUAGGUUGAAUUUAGAGGACAGGCAUAGAUUAAGUCCCAGAUUGAAAGGCUAGGACAGGGGGCUGCUGUGGGAAAAGUGAGAGCGAUCAAUAGAAAGAAAAGACAAAAUAAGAAAGGGUUAGCUCUGAGAUAACCGAAAAGGACAAAGCAUAGAGACAGAGAUAUAAAAACAACACAAAACUGCAUCAGCUGCACAGGAAAACAAGCUGAAACAGCCUGAUUGACUUGUCUGUUUUGUCCUAAUGGAGCAAGACUGCUAACAAAGCACACGUGUAAUCUACACAUUCACUCACGUUACACACUAAUGGCGGCCAACUCUCUUAACAUAAUUGAGCGCCCAUGAAAUUGUUCCUUACUAGAGUGGAAAAGUACAGAGUGAUGUGAUGAGUAGAGGAAAGACAGAGCUGAAAGAAGAUAGAGUUUCAAAACACGACACACACAAGUACUGGCUUUCUUUGAUAACAAUAAGUUCAAAAGACGUAACCUUUUUAGCUGGCUUCAACGACUGAUUUUUAUCCCUAAAUAUUCAAUAAUUUAGUAGCAAACAUGGAGUUAAAUUGGCAAUUCUUAAACGCAAAACCUGUUUAACAUUUUCCCAUAAAACCUCAAUAGACAGGUGCUGAUGUUUGCCUCCAGCUGCAGCCUAGUUAAUAUAUUAUUAAGCUCCAAAUCAGUAUUGUGUAAAACCACCAAACAGCAAUAUUGGAUUUAAGCUACUACCCAGCUAACACAGUUUUACCUAAAAAGUAUCAUCAAACUAGUAUAAGUGUUUUGAUAUGACAAGUAGGGAUGGGCGAUAAAUUACGGUUCAUGAUAUGUCACUGAAAAAUCCUCCAUGAUAAAUAUUUGCCACCUCAUGAUAAAUACGAUAAACGCAAAUUGAUGACGUAAGCGCGACGGACUCACAGUCAUAGCCCACACAGAGCAGAAUAACAAAUAGAUAUGGCUGAAGGUGAUGAAGAGGACGUUUCUGAGUAGCUCAUUACUGAACGAGGCUCCACGCUCCACAUGAGGGAUUUCCUUCAAGACUGGAGCUUAGAUGAGUGCAAUCAGGUAUGCCUGAUAUCAGACAGUAGAUCUGUUCACUCUGUGCUAUAAGAGUUUUCAACAAAUGUUGAAAGUGUUUUCACAUUUGAGACUUGUUUGAUGUCAUUCGCUUUCUUCAUAACCUACCACUCAAACUUGUGGUAACGUAUCUUAUUUGACUACUCCAACUGGUGUUCUCUAGCUAAAAUGAGCUAAAAAAAAAAAAUUGGAAUUAUAAUAGUUUUUAUCUGGACUUUUAUUGUUAACGUCAGAAUGGCAAAUCUUAUUGCGAUCAUUUUUUUAGCCCUCAUCACCCAUCCCUACUGGCAAGUGGGUGCAUGUUAGCAUUUACAGCUAACAAGCGGGUUUAAAAUAUGUUGUUUCACUUAUAAAUACAGACUGAUUUGUUUCCUUUUCAUUGUCUUUGUCUGUAUUUUUGGACUCACAACCUUGAAAUCAGCAGUUUGAGAUUCACAACACCGAGCUCACCUUGGACUUGACUUCUGAGUAAAACGGCAGCUGUCUGAACACCAUUAGUGAUCCGUAGUCUAUUGAAAGCUGAGAUCUGGAGGGAGAAAAUAUGAUCUUGCUGCACUUACUGUUUAAAGUUUUCAAUUGUGCAGUUUCUUAAUGUUUGCUUUCAGCUUUGGCAGAUGACCCAGUUUUAAAAGCUUAAUACAAAUCAAUAGGACCUUGAAAGUUUAUUUUAUUGCUUUAAUAGACUCUAAGAAAACUAAUGUUUUUGGAACUUUGUUUCCAGUCUGGGGCUCUCGAAUCAAGUUUCAUAAUUAAUAUAAUCAAUCCCUCCUAAUGUCAUAUGAGGUAAUAAGGGAUGAGGAUGAAUUUCAGUAAGAUUUCUGGAGAUAAAUGUUUCACCUCUUGAAGGUAUUGGUGCAAAUUGAAACAAUCUGUCAAAGCUCAAAGUCAAAAUACUUAAGUAAACAGACAUUAGGAUUCAUGUUGAGCAGUGAUUUUCUGUAGAUAACUGAAGAUGAUCUUGUGGAUCGGGGUAUUAGGUUGCCUUGUAAACAAAACACUGCACAGUUCCAGCUGCUUUUACAGAGCUGAUGCUUCCUGAAGUCAUGUUUGCUUUUUCUUGCGCUCACUUCCUCUUUGCAUUUGUCAGACACUGAUUUUAGUCAAGUCUUGUCAGAAGAAAAAAAACGAGGCUAAAAAGUCGCUCUUGUUUCCACUUUGUUGUUACAAAUGUUUUUUUUUACCCCCUGAAAUUCCUCUGAAGUUUGUCGACUCCAUGUCCCACAUGGUAAUUUGAAACCAGAGUGGAAAGUGAUUAAAAUCCUGAUACACAAUUCUGAGUCACCUUCAGUUACUUAGCAUUUAUUACAGUGAUUACUUUGCAGAAAAUGUCUCUCCUUUGUCUUUUGUUGUACCUCUGAGGCAGUUUCUUAAAGUUUGUUGUAAUUUUAAGUUACUGAAGAGGGCUUCAGGCACAAUUCAGGAUUAAAAAAUAAGCACUCUUACCUACUUUAUAUGUUUGCAGCUUACCAAAAUACAUGUUUUUAUUUCGAUUUUACAUUUUUUAUAGAAGGGACAAAAAGAAAACAUAAUCCACACAGAUUAAAGGAUAUAUUACGGUUUAAUUUUACUCUAAUAACAAUGAAAACAUGAGAUAAUUCUUCUUCUAAUAAUGUAAACGCAGAGCAACCUUUGAAAGGUUGAAUAAAAUAUGAUUUCCAUUAUCUUUGUCUUGCAGAUUAAAGUUAACAGUGGCAAACAAGGUCAACAGAGAGAGAGAAUAAAAAAAGAAAAAACUUUGUUUCAAUGUCUCAUGCUCUCCUCUCAUCCCUCCCUCAGGACGCCAGAGGCUGCUGUACCAGCUGGCAGGCGUGGUGCCCAGCCCUCUGCUCCUGGAGCUGCUGAGCUGCCCUCUGUGUGCCCGCAGCCUGGAGACUCUAGAGCUGGAACUGGGAGACCUGGAGGGGAGCAGGGGAGAGGUUGACGGUCUGCACGACUUCCCCCAGGUCAGAAUGUGCUGGUGUUAGUCGCAGGAUGAUGAGGACGAAGGUUGUGGGGAAUGUAGGGAGCGAUGAUCAAAUAAAAACUCACAACUGUGGGACGUGUAGUGAUUGUACUGCCAAAAACACAAAAGAACAGACUCGGUUUAAGUCUGGAUGCUCUUGAUAUAUCUACAACUGAUAUAAAGCUCCCAUUUUUGCUCUGAUUAUUUUCUUUACUUAAUGAACUAGUUAUGAAAACAUGAAAAGUAUAAUUUUCCAUUUUGUUCAAUAAAAAUUGGUUUACAGUCGUGUCUGUAAUUUUAAGGUAGCAGCUCAAUGAAUCACAACCAACACUGUUUUCAAGAACCUUGUCCCUCUGCCUUUACACUCUGUAUCACCAUCCAUAAAAUGGCCAUUUUCCAAUCUGAUGGCUCCAUCUGAACAAACUGUUAAAUAUGUAUUAUUUAUUGUCUCCAGGGUGGGGAUCUAAGAGGCGGGCGAGGACGUGGCAAACGGCGAGGGGGCUUCGCAUACAGGAACGGAGCUGUCCGGGCCUUUGUAGGAUUCAGGGAAAAACUGAAGAGGAUCGUGGAGAGUAAAUACUUCAACCGAGGGAUCAUGAUCGCCAUUCUUGUCAAUACUCUCAGCAUGGGGAUUGAAUACCACGAGCAGGUAAGGAUAAUGAGAUCUAGCUCAAUUUAAAGCCUUCAAAAAGUUCGAUGAAGAAUGUUGGCAUUUAAGUUUGGAAAUGUUAUCUGACUGUCUGACAGACUAUGAGCCAAAAAAAAGAAGCAUUCUUGGUGAUUAGAGACAGAAAUGGUCAGGUUUGGUUGUUCGCACAGUGCAUCAGAACAUUAGUCUCCAAAUGCAUUUCUAGUAACUGAGCGCCCAUUUGGCUGUGUGGGACUGGUGGAUUAGGUGAACAGGGACAGGAGAAUGCUCAUCUCCAUUUCACAUCCAAAUUUUCACUCGCACAAACUCCAAUUCCAAUGUAGUUUGGACGUUGUGUGAAUAAAAACAGAAUACAAUAAUUUUCAACUGAAUACACACAAAGACAAAAUAUCUGAUAAAAGUGCAGGUAUAAUAUGCUUUAAAUUUCCCAAACUAGAACAGAAAAAAACACAAGAAGACCUGUUCAUCUACAGAAACAAGAGGAAAACUUCACAAAGGUUGUUAGAACCUACAGUGUGUAGGAACACAGCUGCAUCAGGAUCUAAUGCACACAGACCCCCCUGCUGUGAAGCUGUGUCUGCAGACAGAGACGCUCCAGUCUGAUGCAGACAUGAAUCACAGGUUACCAAAUCAAAAAGAAACAAAAAAUUUUUGAAAUGACAAGAAAAUGUCACUUUCUUAGCUUUCUUAACUGUUAUGUUGUAAUUUUGAUUAAAAUAACCAGUUUUUAAAUACUGAUGAAAAUGAAUGGAGUUAGAAUGAAGUUUAAUUUAGAUGCCUUUUUUUUUAAAAACGCACUCAUGGGAUAAAAUCUAUUGAGAGCCUGAAAGUUGACGAGAUUUGGUCAAACAUGCUGACGGUGGCUGGCAACUUUUUCAUAAAUGUCUGGCAGGAAAAGAGUAAAAGUCAGAUAACGAAUUAAAAAACUAAAAUCCUCUAAAGAAUGUGCACAUGGACAUAAAUCAGAAUAAAAUUAAUUAAAAUGACAAAAACCAGGUUGGAGAAAAAAUGUAUUCCAACAGCUAUCAUCAGAGGUAGAGUUUGUGACCUAUACUGCUACCAGUCACCAGGGGGAGCUCUAAGCAUUCUAAUUUCAAGCCAGAUGAAAUUUUGAGGCCUCAAUUUAAUAUACAGUCUAUAAUCUAAUCUAGUGUGAACUCAAUUAACUUUAUUACAGCUGCACUAAGCGAUGCUGACUCGUAGUUAAAUUAUUGCAUGUUAAUACGUGGUGGAAACAGGCCCUAUAUCACAGUACUGUGGGAGAGGGUGACGGCUGAAAUGGAGUGAGGAAGACAGGGUAGGAGUAGAGGAUCAUUGCCCUCCUUCUCACGCACAAAAAUACAUAAAUACACAAGGUAGAGCUGUCGCACACACUCCAGAGUGAUGCUUUGUGUUUAUACUGCGUGUCCGACAUCAGAGAACUGAUGAUACAGCUUCCCCUUUCCCCCCCUCACUGUCGAGCUCCCUGACUGUGAAAUCUGUACGGCUGCACACACACAUUCGUUCCCAGAGUUUUGGCUCCAAAGGCAGGAUAUUACAAAUGCACACACACGCAGACAACCUUUCCUUUGCCUACCAGAGCAGCAAAAUGGAUGAAAAACCCCCAAAGGAAGUUCUUGGACAUGCUCACCGGCCCUUCCCUUCUUCCCCUCCUCUGUCUCUAAUUCCUUCUCUUGGGGAUGUGAGUGUGUUUCUAUCUUUGUGGUAUAAACAUAAGGAGCGACUGGGAGAGUCAUGGCCUUAUUGGGCUAGGAAUAGACACACACAAACACACACACAUGCACACACACACACACAAACACAGACUGAAGGGUUAUGUAAGACUUCCUCCUCUUUUUAGGACUCAUCAACCCCCUUAUGUGACACCCAGCCAAACUUGUGACAAGUGUGUAGAUGUGUGUAUGAAAGUAGGCGGUGAAAUGUCGAUAGUGUGUAUGUGUAGAACAGAGAGGAAUAGAGGGGGAUGAUGGAUGCCUGUUACAGCCAUAUUUAGACGGAUUCUACGGUGGCCAGCAGGGACAAAUGUGCUGCAAAAGCCCGUACGAUUGCCAUCAGGAAAACACAGUCUGCGAAUUCAGAAACAAUGCUAACUUUUCAAAGAGAAAAUCAACAGUGUGUUUAUUAUUCUUUUUCCAGUUACUAUAAAGCAGUGUUUUUACACAGUUGCUAGCAAGACCUUGUCCCCAGAAACAACUGAAAUACACAGACACAUACAAAAGAGGCAGAAAUUAGUCAUGGACACCUUAAAACCAAAAUUCAGAGAUGUCAAUUCAGAUUGUCCCUUCUGCAUGGGAUCAAAACACUUACUGUAUAUCCUUAUAAACAAUUAUAAACUAUCAGAGAUCCCUUAGUAAUACCAAUCCUGUGUGAGAAUGAUCAACACGUGAGUGAAUGAAUAAAUGGUAAGAAAAAAAGGUAAAAAAAUAGACCUAUUUAUUCAACACAGAUCAUUGAAGAAUCACAUAGUCUCUGGGCGAACAAUGUCAAAUGACUUAGCUAAGUGUGGCUAACAUUAGCAGAGCUAGCACCACAGGUCCUCGGUUUAAAGAUCAAAUCUGUCAUCAGUUCAUGUUUACAUCCGGGUGGUGGAUCAUUGUAGCGUUACCAGAGUAGGCGUAAACCAAAGCCACUCUUCCAGCCAGAAGCAAGUGACUGUGCCUAAGUUUGGACACGACUCUUUUGAGGACUUACAAUAAUAAAAAUAUCUAUUAUUUGUCUUCUUGAGUAGCAAUUCCGGUGACAACAAGCAAGGGAUUCUGAGAUUCUGUUUGCAGUUUUUAUUCUCAAAAGUUUGUUUUAUCAGUUUUUGAAUAUGGUUGGUUAGUUCCAAUGGAAAACCUUUUAGGGCCCUUGGAGAGCAUUCCCCCCAUCAACCACCGUGGAGUAGCAGAUUUGUUUUAUCUAAAUCUGUUUUUAAAAAGUCCAAAAGUAAAGCAAUAUGCCAAAAAAUGAUUUUCCAAGCAUAUUUUUCUCCGACUCAAUUCAGAUAUUAAACUAUUCGUGACUCUGCAAACAUCAUCACUGCACACUAAGAUAGCACCUUUGUUUUUUUAUUUGCAAUUUUGAUUUACAGAAUGCUACAAAAGGAUGUUGCGAAGUGAGAACUAGAACUAAUCUUAAUUCCAACUUUCCUGCAAAGUCAGCAUACCUUUCUUACUGAUGCAUCAGAAGCACACAUAGUAGAGUAGUCGGCUGCUGGGUGUCAUAUCCUUCGGGAAAAGGUUAUAUGCAGAGAAACAGGCUAAAUGUCUCUUUAUAGGCACUUGCAGUGUAUUUAAAUUCUGAUUGAUCACCUCACUGUCAAGCAUAAUGGCUGGAGUGGGAAGCCACAUCCAAAGCAAUGAUUCAGAUCACUCAUUCUGGAGAGUUGUAGGAUAAUUGAAAUAUAUUGACGCAUGCUUAAGAGCCUCUCGCAGUUCCCAAACCACUCUGUAACUAAUGAUCACUGCAACCUACAACUUCUUCUGUAAAAUAAGUGCAGCAAGGGAUGAAACCGACAAGUCAAGGGCAGCAGGAUGGGAUGUAUUAAUAGCUGGAAGAGUCUUUUUUUUAUUUUUUCUCACUGGCUGCAAUACUGGAUGUUGAGGAGACCCUUGGGGGGAUGUGAAGGUAAAAAAGAAAACAUUAUAUUCCGAUGAAAUUUGCAAAGUCCUGCAAAACUUUUUUUAAGAUCUUGCAAAAAGUUUUAAUCACAGACGCCGUGGAACGUUAACAGCAGCGUUGCGUCCAGUUGGAUGAAAACUUUUACAUUGAGACCCAGCCUGGGAUUGAAGUCAGCAUAUCUAUAAAGUUUACAGUGCUUCUGUUGAUGUGAAUAAAACCCUUUGCAAGAUUGUGUCAAACUUUUGAGAGAGCUUGCAGAAGUUUCUCAGGAUAAACCCUAUUUUUUCUCCCUUAAUGGUGCCAUAGGAAGCAAACCAGACUGAAAAAACCCCUGCAGUUUCUUAUCAUUCACAAAAAUUCACCCACCCUCUUGUUCAUCCAGCCAGAGACAGAACCAGAAUUUAGCAUGGACUGUUAACCUCCUUAGUAAAAUGUCCUUUUGUAGACUCAGACAGAUGAAUGAUGAAAAAUGACAGUUUUUUAGUGCUACAUGUCUUAUGUUCUUGUAUUUUUGUAAGCGACCUUUUCCAUCUCCUCUUUAACACACUGUGAAGCAGCAAGUUAAGGUACAUUUGUAAUCUCAAGAGGUGUAAAAUCUGCCAGGUAGGAAGUAAUUGUGCUGAAAAUCUGCAGCAUACUCUCACACCUUUGCUGUUCAGACAAUGGGCCAUAAAGGUAAUGAAGAAGCCACUUGUGUGCUAUUAAAUAAUAAUAUAUGUGAGUCCGAUAUUGCGACUGCUUAAGAUAGAUUAUGGCUGAGAGUUCUUUUUAAACCUGUUAAAUUGCUCUUAAGUUUUUAUGUGCAGCUACAUCUGCAAACAGCUACUCUAUCUACUCCUCCUCUGGUUGUUGUUUUUUUUUUACAUUAAUGUAGUUUUUUCUCUCCAUGCAGGACGGCCUAUGUCCUCUGACAUUACCUCAGUGCUUCAUUAUUCUUCAGCAGGCGUUUCUGCUUUGGUCUUUAGACUUCGUUGGUGUCCCAAUUAACUUAACAGCUCAUCAAGGAGAAAUAAUGAAGAAACAAUGGAAGCUGUAGCAAGCUCUACUGAGGUUGUCAAAAUUAAAUUUGCACAUAUUAACUAAAACCAUUAUUAGACACUUGAUGGAUAGUCGGAUAGAACUGUGUAGAAAUACGUUUUUUCCCAUCUCAUUUGAUAAAAACAUCAAAUUUGCUUUAUUUUCUGUGUCGGUGUUUCCUUUUUUCCUCAUGGGGAGGGGGGCAUCUGCAUUUCCGUCAUAGGCAAAGGUUGGGCACUGUGGAAAAAAAAGGUUUUAGACCACUGCUUUAAAGACACCAUGUCACAACUUUUUCGACAGCGGUGGGUAGAUGGGGGGCAAUGGUUGAUUAGCAUAUAUCCUAGGGUGACCAUAUUCUGACUUCCCAAAAAGAGGACACGACUAUGUGGGGGCGGAGUCACGGAGUCACACAAAGUUAAUUUUGAGAGUUUUUCAGGUCAGAUCGAAUGUUUUUUACGCGCUUCUAACUCAGAAAGUCCACUGGACACAAACUCAAAACUUCUGUACAAAACCGCAGACAAUUGAAUAAUUUUAUAAACUUCCCCAGACAAAGCUGGACAAGCCCAGACAGCCCCCCAAAAAGAGGACUUGUCCCGGUAAAAGAGGACAUAUGGUCACCCUAAUAUAUUCAGCAUACCUAACAUUUAAGAACUCCUUUGUCUAUUCUUUUACACUAAAAAGUAACACCCAAAGUGGCAACAUCUAAACCUCAUUUGCUGAAGUCUUUGAUACUCAAAAAGGUUUUAUCUGUUCAUAUCACUUUAAACUGCUCAUUGAUGGAAAUGUGCUGCAGUUAAACGCAAAGAAAGCUACUAGCUGCUUGUUGCAGCAGCCCAAAUUGUUUAUUUGAAUGUUUUCACCACCUCUGGCGAGGCAAAUAGACAAUCACUAUUUGGGACUUUGAGUUUGCAGAUAGGGUGGCCAAUCAGAUUUUGGGCAAUGCCACCCCUCUCUACUCUUUUAGAUACGCCCCUGCUCUGCAGUUUCACGUUCAGCCUACUUCAUAUUGACUCAUCAUUGCAUCCUCUAUCAAAAGGUUAGUUAGACAGCAUGAAAUGGGGACUUGCUGGCACUGGUUCAGAUUUAAUUUUGAAGCAAUAACUGUCCACAUAUCAUCAUAAAUCACUUCUUUAUUAAAAUGGUCCAACACUAAUUAUCUGACUCACUCCAGUUAUUGGCUAAUGCUCCAAAUCCCUCUAGUAAACACAUGUCUUUAAGGUUUCUGCUUGGAACAUUUUACAGCAAACAUUAAAACAUAACACCAUUAACCCCAUAGGUCCAUUUUAAAUAAUGAUAAACAAAUAUUCCACUGCGCUCUUGGCUCAUUGGCUUUGUGUUUCUAUUUAUGGUGUGAAUAAUAACAGAUGAAUGAUGAAAGUGAGUGGUUUGAUUACAGUGAAGUCAAGAUUAAACCAGCUUGUGUGACAAACUUUCAAAUACCAUCAAACUCUGCAGUAGUGAGAGAUAUUGAUCCAGAUAUUGGCACACAGACACUGACUCACCUUUUCCUGAUGUUGAUAAGGUCAAGACAACAAGUGAUCAGACUGGUUCUGCUCCACAGUUUCCAAUAGGUUGUUUUUGCGCUGUCUUCAGCCAUCACAGAGCUGGAUGGAAACAGUCCGCCAUGAAAGAAAUAACUCUACAUACAAAAUUAUUCUCCCUGUGAGAGAUGCUCAGAUAUCCUAGAAAUAGAGAGAAAAACAAAAAAGUGUCGUUCCUCCCACAGUAAAAUCAAUGUUCCAGUGAAAUUCAUCUUUCCAGUGGGGAAAGAAGUAUUACAAACCAUGAAAGAUAAUCUAUAAUUAAUCAAAUUCUGCUUUAAAAAAAAGUUUUAUUUCAGGCAUUAACAGUUAAAAAGCAUGGAGAAUGGCCUUUCUUGAAGUCCUAAAAUAUGUAACUGGGUUGUUCAAGUGUCAGCCAAAGAUACUCUGACUAAAGUAACGACAGAUGGUUACAACUCUACAGAAAUGAAGUGUUUUUCUUACUGUUUGCAUGGAGAUAAGUGAACGGACAAGUGUCAUAUGGCGCCUUCUAUCAGUGAGCAUAAGUAUAAUGAAGGCUCAGUUGAGAAUUUUGACUUUUCUCCUGAGUAAUCCAAGAAAAAUGUGAGAACUAUCAGUUUUUUAGGAUCCUAAGAAAAUAAUUCUUACUUUAAUCUCUGAAAAGUCUGAAUUUUGAUUUUAAUCUCACAAUUUCAAGGAAUAAAGACAUCAAUUUGACUUUACAUACAAAACAAAGAGAAGAAAAGUCAGAAUUAUGCUUUUUUUUCUCUCUUUGAAAUUUCAGAAUAAAAGUCCAAACUACAAAUUUGAAGAUAGCAUGUUGUAAAAAGCAGAAAUAUUUUGACUCCAUUCGCAGAAUUCUGACUUUUUUCUGUAGGAUUUAAAGAUUAAAGCUAUAAUUCCAAGACUGUGGUAAGAAAUCUGAUAGUCAUCUGAAAUUCCCCCCAAAAAAGUUAGAAUUUUAUGUUGAAUUACAAAAUCCUGAGAAUGAAAAGCCUGAAUUUUGAGAAAAGUCCAAAUUCUGAAAAAAAGUCAGAAUUCCUACUUAUAUCUCAGAUUUCUAAGAAAAUAAAGUCAGAAUUUUGACUUUAAUUACAGAAUUCUACAAGAAAAGUCCAAAUUAUGUGAAGAAAGUUUGAGUUAAAAACCAUUUUUAACUUUAUUUCUUUUUAUUAAACUUUUUCGUAUUGGCACUAAUCCUCAAUUGUACUAUUUUGAGACCCUUAUAUGUUUAUUUUACAGUCCAGCUUGAUCCAUCACAUUCAUACACAGUAUUGGCUUGUUGUCACCAACAGUAAACUCACAGUAAACACAGUCUUCACUCUGCAGGUGGGAGGCUGCAGACUGGAGUCUCAGCAGCAGCAGCAGCACAUUAAAAGUUUUAUUGAUUGAUAUUUUCACACAUUUGUCAUGUUAGUAUUAAGUUCAGGAUGUGAUCUGGCUGGUUUUAAACAACAUAAACCAGGGCACCAGUUUGGCUGUGAGCCUUUUGUUUUAAAAGUAAUCCAUCCAAAGUAAAAUCUCUUGGUACAAAGUAACCUGAAGGUUAAAUUUUUUAACAACAUUAUUAUAUAACUGUCUGGAAAAGAGCUGCUUAAAAGUUCAUGAGUCUUUGUAAGUUUUACAAGACAGAAUGGCACAAAUUUAGAGGAACAAACUGGUCACUUUUAAGUGGAUAAAACUUAAAAAAAAAAAAAAACAUAUCUGGUUAAAUCACAUCAAAGGGAUGGACUCAGUCUCUCCGACUCUACCUCCACUUAGUGAGCAAUGGGAAGCUGAAACUGCAGACUGAUAUUUCAGACACAAACACCAGCUCUGGAUUUAUUAAUGCUGCUCAAUUGCUUAAUCAGCAGGACCCACUGAUGCUGUGUUAAAUCCAGUAUGGGCUAUUUGAUGCUUUGGUUGACUAGGUCAGGUAAUAAACAGUGAAAUGCAUGAGAUAGCAGGUCUUAAAGCUGUAGGUGGAUAAAAAGUCCACUUUCUCGAGAGAAGUUGAGGACUCGGCCCUCUAAUGCAAUUUGCAGAGCACAAAACUGCUGCGCUCUCCAUAAACGCUUUAGCUGGAUUGUUUUAUGAGAGGCCCCCUUCAGUUACUCUGUGCUGGAUCACUGAUCGUACUGUGAGGUAAGUGGAGGGGAUCUGCUCUGAUGGAUCGCCGCUGUUGUUCCCAUUUGAUUGAUUAGGUCUGACUGCAGCUCUGAGUUUGAUUUAUAAUGUCGCAGCAGCCCAGGGCACUGAGACUGAAGAGGGUUUUUACAACCCCAGGGUAACAGAGUAGGAAUAUGAACUCACUCUGUCCGUCUCUCUUUCCCUUUCCCUAUCCCCUCUUUCUUUCUCUCUUACUGUCUUUUCUUUCUGCCUUUCUUUCUUUCUCUCCUUUCCUUUAUUUCUUUCUUUGUUUUCUUUCUUUCUUCCUUUUUCUUUCUUUCUUUCUUUCUUUUUUCUUUAUUUUUAUCCCUUUUACUUUUUUCUCUUUCUUUCUUUUUUCCUUCUGUCUUUCUUUCUUUCUUUCCCUUUUACCUUCUUUCUUUUUCUCUUUCUGUCUUUCUUUCUGUCUUUUUUCUUUCUUUCUUUCUUUCUUACUGUCUAUCUUUCUUUCUUUCUUUCUUUCUUUUUUCUUUCUUUCUUUCUUUCUUUCUUUCUUUGUUUUCUUUCUUCCUUUUUUUUCUUUCUUUCUUUCUUUCUUUCUUUCUUUCUUUCUUUCUUUCUUUCUUUCUUUCUUUCUUUCCUACUUUCUUUUCCCCCAUUCUUACCACCUUUUCUUCAUUUUCCCUUUUAUAUUCUUUCUUUCUUCCUUCUAUUUUUUGCACUUGAAUGCAUUUCCUUACCUUUUCUCUCUCUCUCUUCUUCACUCUCUUUCCUAAAUUUCUUCCCAUUUUACACUCUCCAUGAUCUUGAUCUUGAUCUGGCUCUGUCUCCCUCUUGUUUUUCCCCUCCAGCCUGAGGAGCUGACAGAUGUUUUGGAGAUCAGUAACAUCGUCUUCACCAGCAUGUUUGUUUUGGAGAUGGGCUUCAUGCUGCUGGCCUUUGGCUUGUUUGGAUACAUCAGGAACCCCUACAACAUAUUUGACAGCAUCAUCGUGAUAAUAAGGUAAUUUCAAUCCAUACAGCCUGGUGUAUAUUUGACAUAUACCCUCCUGGAUUUCACUUAUACAGCUGCUAAGCUUGGAUUUACAGGAGCCACCCCCUGCCCCUUAUAUUUUCUUCAUCCUGUCAGUCAUUGGACUUCCAGUGUCAGGUUCACUGCUGCAGCAUCCAUCUUUACAACAGCUCAGAUUGACACUCCCAUGAUGGAUCACACUGAAGCAGCUUUGCUUGCUGCAGCAGCAGAUUCUCCAUCCUGUCAGAGGCUGAGAUUUGCUGCUUGGCUGUCCAUUAAUGUGAUAGAAACCAUAUUGCAGGAGGGGACUUUUUUUUAAUAUGAGCUGUUAGGCUGAUUGUGCAACAUAAGAGGAAAUAUGUUUAAACUUCCCUCUGAUUUAUUGAAAUGAAACUGCAAGACUGAAAAUAACUUAUAGGGCUUAUUUGAACGCAGGUAAUCUGAAAGUGUUGGUGUUAUAAUAGAAAUGUGUGUGGUUGUGGUCCUCAGUGUGUGGGAGAUAAUCGGUCAGGCAGACGGCGGGUUGUCAGUCCUGCGAACGUUUCGCCUGCUGCGGGUUUUGAAGCUGGUUCGCUUCCUGCCGGCCCUGAGGAGACAGCUGGUGGUGCUCAUGAAGACCAUGGACAAUGUGGCCACAUUCUGCAUGCUGCUGAUGCUUUUCAUCUUCACCUUCAGGUACACAAACAACACAGCACACAUCCUAGUUUGUUCUGUCAUUGUAUUGAUUAAACCAUCAGAGGAAUGUGUUUUGCAAAUUUGUCUUCUUUCCUGCAGUAUUCUGGGGAUGCACCUGUUUGGCUGUAAAUUUGGUCUACGCACUGAGAAUGGAGACACCAUCCCAGACCGCAAGAACUUUGACUCUCUACUGUGGGCCAUUGUGACUGUGUUCCAGGUCAGUUGUGUUAUUUACUCGCUUAAGUGUGUUGUUUUGGAGUUUGUAGGGUCUGAAUCAAAAGAUAUCUCUUUUAUUCCAGAUGUUGCAGUAAAUCUUUUCACUUUAAAGUGUCACAUUAAAAGACUUCGUUGCGCAAAGUGGCAAAAGAAACUAGUAUAGUUUCCACCUCUUUUGAAGAGUUCAUGCAUUUCAAGAAAAUGGUGGUAAAUUAACUCAUUCAGUGCCAGGUUCAUUUAUGCAAUUUUCAUCCAGUGCCUCCAUUGAAUGCAAAAGAAAUUUCCAUAUCUUUCAGGGCCCACAGAAUAUCUUGUGCUUGUCUAGAUUUAAGUGCAAUAUCUCAAAAAAGAGGGGUGAUUCUCUCCUUUCACCAGAAGAAAAGUUAGUCUCUAACCCAAUCCUGUGUUUAGUUAUUACCUGCUCAAUGCAGCGUGGUCAUAUCAUCUUUGCCGAUCUGGAAAAAGAAACCUGGAAAAAACUCUGAUAGUCUAUUUCAUUUCUACUACUUUACCGGUGGCAUCAAGGUCCUCCUUCCUUGGACAUUACUCCUCAUUACUCUCAAGAUCCAAUUGUGAUAGGUCACUUUGUGACAGCUGGGAGUCGUACUGGCUCGCGUCCUCCUCCCGGGACUGUCUUGCUCACCGGCACCACCGGUACCGGCGGCACAACGAUACGCUAGGAAAUUGUUUGUUUGAUUGUCUGCUGACAAUGUGAGUGUCUGGUACUGGAAUCUUCACUGGAUCCAGAGACAGUUGCACCACGCCAAUGGGAGCGAGACCGUUGCUCUUGGCUAAUGACUUCGGCAUUUUCCUACUUGUGGAGAAAAAACUUUCCACAACUAGGCUAACUGGCACACUUGAUAGCACACUUCUCAUUGGCGAGUACUUGUUUUUGUUAUUGUAACAUGGUUAUUACGAAUUUUUCGGCUUUGCUGCAUUCAGAACAACCCCAAACUUAGUCGCAUGCUGGGGAAGAGCGCCCUCUGGCAGAAAACAAAAAAAAACUGAAAAAUAUGUCAAAAUCCGUCAAUGGCACUAAAUGAGUUAACCAAGAGGAGUGCAAGUUUUACUUACUUUGGGUUUGUCUGUUCGAACAAUAACUAGCGUUGACGUGUUUUAAAGAGUCACUUUCAAAGAUAUCUGCAAGAGAAAACAAGCCAUGUUGAAAUGUAGAGUGAGUUUCUAUGGAAGAAUAAGGAUUUGUGCUGUUCAGGGAACCCCAAGCCCCCUUUGUGACACACCCCUGCCUCUUAGAAAUAAACUGAGAGUGUCCGCCUGUGUUUGGACUCAUCAGUCAGACGCUGUGAAAUAAAAAAAUUCUGCUUAUGCUCACAUUCCACCGAAAACUGUUUUUGAUAUUGUUCAAUCUAUCCAGCAAGAUUGUCCUCUUUUGCUAUACCAGAUGCGUCAGCAGAAAGGUAGAACAUAGAAGAAGGCAGUUCAGUAUCUCACUUCAGUGUAUAGGUGUGUGUGUGUCCGUGUGUGUAUGCUUGCUUACACACAUUCACACAGACAGCAGGGUGGAUUGCCUUCCUGCCACGGCGCUGUUUGAGUGGGCAGAGACGGAGUGAGCUUUCAUGCUGCAUCAUGAACAGCGUCCUACUUUUAAAGGCUUUCAUCAUUCACAUUGAUUUAGACACACACACGCACGCACACACACACACACACACACACACACACACACAUGCCCACUCAAACUUAUAGUAAUCCCAUGUGUAACUGAAGUAUUGCGGCACAGUAGCAAUAAAAGCAGCUCAAUUCUGGCUUUUAUAAAGCCUAUAGAACCCAUAAGAGCUGUUUCGGCUAAUAUUGUGUAUAAUAAGGGGUGAUUUAUUGCUCUGCCUUGCUGUUUCUCUUCUAAUCUAUGGACGUUUUCCUUCUGUUUACACCCUGUUUGAUGUGGGUGUGUCCUUAUUUUCCUUUCUUCUUCUCAAAUUAUACAACCCUCAACCCGAUCUUCCCUCUGUCUGCGUCUAUUUUUGCUCCCAUCCAUCUCUUCCCCUCCACUGCUUCCUUAUUUAUGCCGAAACUCUCUGUCUGUGUUUCCUUCAUUCUGCAGAUUCUUACCCAGGAGGACUGGAAUGUAGUGUUGUAUAACGGCAUGGCCUCCACCUCUCCAUGGGCUGCUCUUUACUUUGUCGCUCUCAUGACAUUUGGCAACUACGUGCUCUUCAAUUUGCUGGUGGCCAUCUUGGUUGAAGGCUUCCAAGCUGAGGUGAGAAGAACAAGUUUUUUUUAUAAGGAUGUGAAAUAACAGCGGCAGAGUUUUUCUCUGCUGUUCAGAUCUGUGCUCCCAUACCCUCUACUGUGUAUUUUUCUUCCAGUUUCUGUCAAAUGUCAUUACAUAAAAGGAUAAAAGCACAAAUUGAUAACACUUAUACCAAAUAGAGAUAUAAAAACUUAUACUUUAAUGGUUGUUUACCUUCAGUUUCUGUCAGGCCAUUCCACGUGCAGCUACCAAACCUCAAGCCUAAAGUGUUUUCUCAGAAAUGAGGCGCUUUCUUGUUGUACUUGAGCUUUGAAGUGGCUCUCCUUUGACGAUGACAGCACCACUCCUGCUCUAGGGAAACAGCUGCAGAAUAAAACAAGCAAUUUGUGAUGCCUUUAUUUUGCCAAUACUGCCAUAAUAUCGAAAAUCUUAACGGUAACUUUUAAAGCAUUAUCUAGAAUCAACCCAGAGUACUCGAAGAUCCUCACAUGAGGGUCUGUUAUUGCAGUAUUUUUUGGCUGUAAGGUAAGUGUCAGAUGAAAAAGACAAGAUUACUUUUCAUAAUCCCAAAUUUUUCUUUUUGGAUUAUUGAUUAUAGCAGUUUAUAGUGUUUUAAAUACAUACUUGAUAAAUUCUAUUUAGUUUUUCUUCUGUAUUUAUGGACUUGUAUUUAUUUACACACUCACUGACUGUCAAGACAAUCAUAUUGCUCCCCUGGAUGGCCAGAGAUUGUGAAAUAGUCCUCUCAGUCGCUCUUUUCUUGCAGAAAAAAACAAAUAAUAAUGAUAAUAAUACAUCAGAUUUCAUAUAGCACUUUAUUAGAGACCCUCAAAGCGCUUUACAUUGGAUACAUCAUUCAUUCGCUCACACAGUAACACCGUGGUGGUGGUAAACUACCUGAAUAAUCACAGCUGCCUCGGGCAGACUGAUGAAAACAUGGCUGCCAGCUUGCAUCUACGGCCUCUCCGACCACCACCACACAACACUCGCAAUCAUACACCAGUGGAGGACACACACUGGGAGCAAGGUUGGUUAAGUGUCUUGCCCAAGAACACAAUGGACUAGGGAUAGGUGGGAAUCAAACCGCCAACCUUCCAGUUGUUGGACAACCGCUCUACUUCCUGAGCUACUGCCGCCCCAAAUGUAAAGAUCUGCUACAUGAACAGUUUUUAUUUCACUCCCCUUGGAUCACUAAGACAUAGGAGAACCCAUUUGGAAAGCCAAUUUUUAUUUUAGCAUAUAUUUAAGAAAAUGAAAUUUUGCUUUUAUUUUUUAUUUGUGUUUAUAAUGUUAUAACUAUUUCAGGCUUGAUCUGACAUCCUUAUUAAGUGUUUAUCACAUGGUUGUGCAUUACUCUGGUGAGAUUAUACAUGCUCUUUUUACACAUGGAGACGAGGCAUUAACAUUAGAGAAACAUAAGCUUUCAACCUGAAUGCCAAGCCCUGAACACUGUGCGCACACAGAGAACAGAGAGAGAGAGAGAAAUCAACCCCUAGUUUAACUAGUUUUGGAUGUUAGUACUGCAUCAGUAAAUCAUAAUUUUGCAAGCGCCCCAGAUGACAUAUAUGGGAAACAACAGCUGCAAACCGAAGAGAGGUAAUAAUGUAGGACUAGGGAAUUUAAAGGCUGUUUAAUAAGGACAUCACGAUUCAUCUUUAUCUCGCCCAUUUCUAUCGCACCUUAUGUCCAUGAUUUUUUAAUGGUCUUACAAGGUACUGAUGCACUCGAACUAUUCAUACAAGGCUCUUUAAAGCCCAGCAGUGUGAGUGCUGUACAUACAAGAGCCUCCUCUCGAUGUUAAUUAUCUCCCAGUGGAGCCAUCUGAAGGCUGCAGAUUCAGACGCUCAAUUACAAAACUGUCACAUCAUGUGAGGCACAGCUGCCUUUAAAAGAGGAUAAAAGGCAGAAGAUCACAAUCAGUCUGAGAUACACACACUGAUCAUUUCAAAUCAUCAGUCCUUCACAAUUAAACACUGUUAUUAUGAGUGUCAAGGAGCACAGUGAGAUUCCAGCUGACAAAAUAUCCUCCGAGUACUGAAUGCACCAUGUUUCUAUGUGUCUUGAUUAGGAAAGCCAGAACAUGUCAUUUGAGUGAUAUUACGGUAAAAAAUAAAAAGCUGACUGAUUGCGUGUUUUUUUUAGGGUGAUGCUAAUCGGUCGGAGUCAGAUGAUGAGAAGAAAUCUGACAACUUUGAGGAGGAUGAGAAGGUGGAGCAGCUCAGGGACACUGGUGGGUCACAUUGCUGAAAACAUUCACAACAAUCAAAUCGUGCCGUUUUAUUUCCUGUUCUGCUUGUAUCAUGACUAAAUAAAAUUGAUGAAUGACAUGACUCUGAUUUCUGCCAUUUCCUCUUCCUCUCCUCCGUCUCUUCAUCAGAGCUGAAAAUGUACUCCCUGAUGAUGACAGCCAACGGUCAUGUGGAUCCACGCGGCGCAAUGGCUCCUCCCAUAAUCAUGCGCACAGCAGCCACGCCAAUGCCCACUCCUAAAGGUUCCCUGGGACCCGAUUCAAUCCUCGGUGAUGAACUUAUGGGGGUGCCUCAAUACGGCGAGGUGGGACUAGGCUUCACUGAGGCAGGACUUAGUCAUCCAGAGUCUCGUCGUGGAAGCUCUACAUCCAUUGACCCUGUAGCCUACGAUCAGCGCUCUCUGGUUAGUAACAACAAAAACAAACAUUUACUAGUUUAAAGCGCGAUAUAGAUUUUUAGAAAAUGUUUUCCAAGAUUUGGGACAUUUUACAUCUAACAUUAAUGUCACUACACUGAAAAAUACUGCCUGUUAAAACUUCUGUGAGGAGUUUUUGAUGUUUAUUAAAUGCACUUAAAUUUGUAUUGUACUUUUUUAUGGUUUACAAAAGCAAACAAAACAAUUAGAGACAUGAUCCAUAACUUUUAUACCCUAACACCUAAAAUUGCUGCAAUGGGUUUUGUGUCCGCUGAGCAGCUUAAGAAACAGCGCUAUUGUAUGAUUUACACAUAAAGUAAUCACAAUAGAUAAUAAUUUUGACUGUCAGAAUGAUGAAUUUUUUUUGUCACAGAAGACUUCAUAGUGUACAGGAUAAGCAAAGUCUGCUUUAUCCACAGGGGAGCUUUAAAUGUGAAAACAAUGUAAAAUUAAACUUCAUGGAUUACAGUUCCUGUGAGCAUUUUUUAGUUUUUAAGGUAUAAAACAAGACUGAAACUGCAGCAAAAGUCAAAGUGUUUGCGAAAAAUUCCCAAAUUUACCCGAACAAACUGAACUGACAGUGGCCAUUGAAAUAUUCACCAACAGUUAACAUUAGCAUUUAGUAACUACUGACUGCCUUCUCCUGCUUUUUAUGUGAAAUACAAAUAGUAAAAAAUAUGAAACAUUGAUGUAGUCCAAGACUUUACUCACAAAUCUGUUGAUUUUUGUCAAAAUAUUGUUUUAUUUCUUUGCUUGUCCAUAUGUAAACAGAGUUUUAGGUCUCUAAUAUUUAAUAUUUCUGAAACUUCUUGUGUAGAUUCUAUUUAGUGGAUUUUUUUUUUUAAACAAAGGAAAUCUUUCAAAAGUAUAGCUGUAUACACGUGGACAAAAACUCAAGGUUUUAGGCUCAACAAUGGAAGUUACCAUAUUGGAAAUACUGACUCAACUGAAAUUUUGGCAGAAUUGGAGUUAGGAGGGCCUUUAGCUUCAUGGCUAACAGCUACAAUGUACUCACCUGUCAGUUAAACCAGCUACGCCCCCAAUUACAGUAUGUGUAACAUGUAGCCAUAAUAUCUUCAAAACAACAGGUAAUCAAAAUUUUAAAAAAUCAUGUAUAGUUAGUAACUUAGUAACACUAGUAACUAGCUUGCAUUUCUAUUUGAUAGAGUUACAUGAUAUCAUUGUGCAGACUUCAAUUCAUAGCUAACAUUGUAGUUUGUUGUUCGUACUUUUGUUAUGGGGACAACAUAUAAAACAUAAACAUUUCAUUUAUUUUUAUUUAAUAACAACCUUUUAACAAGUCUCGCUGCCUGUUGAAUCAUCCGCCAAACCUGCAAACCGUUUCUUGAAUCAUUCACGUGGUGCAGCAGGUUAGCGAGGCUUCGGACGUCAUCAUUUUUGGCUCCCCUCCUACAUGAAGCAAGCCUCGAUACGCGCUUCACGGAAACUCCCCCUUCAUUACUUGACACAUGCUUCGAAGCCUCGGCACAUCUCGUAACAUCACUAGCUAACAGCAAUUUUUUAAAGACUUAGCUGGACUAUCAUUUGUUUAUUUUUAAUUUCAUUAGGUUAAUAUUAGUGUCAAAUAAGAGAGAAUAGCUUUAAAUAGCUAUCAACACAUUAGCUUGGAGUUUAUGAAAGCGCUCUAAUUGAGAGUGAGGAAGUAGUUGAAUGGUAACAUCAGCUGCUGUCUAACUAGAGGACCAGUCAUCCGAUUUGUCUUUACAGCCCAAAAUAUAGCCAGAUAUGCUCCAGAUUUUUGUUCGCCAUUGUCUUUUCAGUUCUACAUCACUCGGAAACUGAAAAGAGAAUGAGUCAUAUUUGCUUUAUCUAUGUGAUUCAGAGGAUGUGAUUUAAACAUUGAAAAAGCACCUGAGCUUCUGGAAUGACGUCAGAGAAAAAUGGCCGUCAUGGGAACUUGGCGAAUGGUCCCUAAUGGAUAGAAAUGAAAGGCCUGAAGAAGCCAUGAGUCAUGUCCCACGAGAGAACACUGAAGUUUAUCACAGGCUUUCAGUGUUUUUAGAAAUCAAUCAACUUUACCGCAAUACAGGAUGUUUAAUUUUAUUCUCUUAUCUCAGAGUACAGGAGCACAUCUUGAAUUGUCUUUUGCUCGUUAAUCAUUAACAUCAUAUUUUCUGACAUUAAAAUUAAACCUUAGUUGGCAGCAACCAAGAUAGGGGAGGCAGAGAGUGACUUAUUCAACAAAAUGUGGAUGAAACAAAUGAUGAAAAAUGAUGGAGACAGUAAUUACUUAGUGUUUGCUCAGGGGAGAGAGAAAAAUCCUUUGAAGUUGACAUGUUGGAAAAGUUGAGCAGUUGGCAAAUUUAAAUCUGGUAGGCCAGUUAACAGCAUGAGAACAGCUGGAGAUGAAAAAUGAACAUUACAGCAUCCAGCUGCAGAAACUCCUGCCUCCACCUGAACCCAGAGACACUUUCCAAUGCCUGUUUUCUUCCUUCUUGUAUUCACAGAGCCUCUCAAGUCCUGGGCGGCGCUCCCCUCUCCCUCCCCGCUCAUGGGGAAGCAGACGCUCAAGCUGGAACAGCCUGGGGAGGGCACCGAGCCUCAAAAGGCGAGACACCAGCGGGGAGAGGGAGAGCUUGCUGUCCGGGGAGGGAGGAGAGGAGGAAGAUGGCGGGGAGGACAAAGGGGAGGCUGGUGGCGGUGGCGGCGGUGGCAGUGGGAGCAACAGACUCCAGAUGGAGCAUUUGGAGCUGCUGCAGGCUUCGACGCUCUGCCCCGCCAUAAUCGCGGAAUAUGGUGACUGUAAUGGGAGGACCCUGACCUAUGACCCCCACUUGAGCACAGAGUCGAAGGACGACUCAUCGCCUGAUGAUGACUUAGACGAUGACGUAAGUUUUCAUGAGUCAUAACCUGAAAAGAACAACGAGACAAGCUGGGGUUAGCUCCUCGAUCACUUUUUAAAGGUCUCUGUAAUGAUUUCAUCUCGGCUUGUGUCAUCAGCUGUUCAAUAUUGUAAGAUUAAAUACACCAGCCUACUUCAUAAAUCUCCCAUUAACUCAAACUUGACUCUGAGGGCUCUGCAAAACUUUCAUGCAGCACAAGUGUCGAUGGUAUUUCAAACAGACACAAGUCUCCUUUACACCUAGCACACACAUUGUGCAGACAGCAAGUGCGCUUACUCGCUUAUAGGGCUGCACAGUAUCAGAUUCACAGCUCUAAAAUAUCAUGAAUAUCAUCAUGAUAUUAUGGCAAAAAACUGAACAUAAAGCAACACAAUCAAACAAAUAAGGUCAAGGCAGGACGAUGAAAGAGCAACACAUCACUGCAUAACCUUCAUCUGUAAUGUAGUUUAUCAUCGUCAUACGUCUGCAGCUUGUUUGGAGAGGACAUUACCUCGUGAACGAUUGUUUGUUAUGCUUUUAUUUUGUUUUCUGUCCUGUGUUCAGGUAGCUUUAUUUCCCUCAUGGUAAAACUAUGCUUUUAUUUUGAAGGAUUGGCUGCUUCCUACAGACCUUAAGUUACAGAUCCGAAUGAAAACGAUUCAAAGAACAGUCAGAAAGCAUAAACGUUUGAUUGAUUAGUUAUCCGAAAAAAAGAGGCGCUUCAAGCCAGCUCGAUAGCAGCAGCUGCUUCUUCUUCAUUCCCCAAUUUAUGAUAUACACCAACUAAUGUAAAGGACUGCUGCUAAUAGCUCACGGUAUGACUGUACGAUUAUUUUAGCAAGACAGCAAUGUUUUUGUUUUUUUAAAAACAUAGUAAUUUUCAGCUUGUAUAACAGGACAGCCUUAGUCCGAAGUCUGGAGCCCCUGGUGCAGUACUUUAAGAUGGUGUAUGAGUCCAAAUGCACAUCCUCUCCAUUUUUACCUUCAAUGGAGACACAUAGCAGUAAAUAACUGUUGAAUGGCACACAGGCUUCAGAGACACCAGCAUUUUUCCCUUCUCUCCAUGCAGCAUUAUACAACAUGGUGCCAAUCUCAUAAUGCCAGAUUUAGGAUACCGUUAAGGCCGUUCCCACACACAUUAGCACCACCUCAGUCCUGAAAGGCCCAAAUACUCCAGGACAAGACUGUAACUUAACUCUCCAUCAUGCACACUCCUGAAUUCAUCCAAAAAACCAAACACGCGUCUAAAGAGUAUUUUUAACUCCAGUUAUCAGCAAACUUUAAACACAAUCAACUUUCAGCUUCAGCAACUGAUACUAGAGACUAAACAGUAUCUGUUACAAACACAAAAGCGUAAGUGUACGUAUUUCUGUCAAUGUGGAGAGUCACUGUUGUUUCUGCUGUUCAGAGGAAUAGUUUCAGUGAGUUUAACACUAAUCUCUGCAAUUGUAUAACUUGGAUUGUCUGCUUUUUUAAAGGCACAGUAGAAGCAAGAGAGGAAACUGUGUAGACUCAAUGUUAUAUUCUUGGAUGGUAGGUAGUGUGAGUGGAAGGAAAAAAUGUCAAACAAGAUGUGAAUUCUCGAAAAUGAGGAGAACAUUUAUUAGGCCACAUCAAAAUAAGACAAAAAAUGUCAAAUUAAUGAAAUACUUUGCAAAAAUAUCCCCUGCAGAGGAAGAAAAAAAUUAAACAAUAGUCCAACAAACUGGCUCUCCUCACAGCUUCACAUCUCAUGUGCCACACAUCACACAGACUGCUGAUUUCACUUAUCGUAUAUGCUCUGCUACCUGCAGCUUUAAUCACAGCCUCACAGAAUUCAGGUGUGUCCACUCUCACCUGCAGACAAUCAGUGAAAUAUAAACAUCAUAUGCAUUUGAACCAAUACUGCUCUGGUGCUAGAGGAAUGUGCACCUUCCUUUAGCCUUAACAAUAAUUGGUUAGGAAUCUAUGGCCUCAUAGAAAUGCAGGUGCACCUGUCUCUUAUUAUGAGUGGGAAUAGACAUGAAUGGUUUGAUUCAUACCAACACCCUGAUGCCAUGAUUCCACCAUUUGAGUCAGGCCCUAACUCUCCUCCCUGUUUACACAUUUUAUCCAGUUUUCCCCUCACUCUAAUGUUUUUUUUUCUCUGCCUGUUGUCACCCUGUUACUAUGAGAUAUUGUAGUGCGUGUUUUGUGUUCACACUACAAGACCCCGAGGGAAACUAAUAGUCAAGCUGUAAUUGAUUAGCUCAGGGAGCAACUGUUUUCUCAGAGGGCAGAAAAAAACAUGCGUAUGUAUAGUCACUGUGUUUGUACUUGUAUGUGUGUGAACUGGAGCGAGAUGUACUCCCAGGUGGGUUUGGGUGACCUCUGUUGUGACCGUGUUGACGGCUUCCUUGCCUCCAAAUUGAGUUUUUAAACCCAUGAAAUCCACUAAAACAAAAGCCCUUUAUUUUGCAGAUUGGGUGUGGGAGGGUUAAACCAGAUCCUACCGUGGGGUUGUGUAUAAUGAGGCGUGUGUGUGCUUGCUAUGCCAGCUGAGACAUUUGAUUCUGUGCAUGCGUGCCCAUGUCAGUGAUUAUGGAUUUCACCUCCAAGAAUAUCCGAGCCACAGGUUCUUACCAUUUAGUUUACACACACCCACAUUUUACCAUACACAUGCUGGGGAUUGCACACCUUGAUGCACAUACACUCACACAAGCAGCAGUUUGCCAAAUAAGCAGCUUCUUAGAGGGUGACUUUGGGCUGUUUUUAAUUAGAAUGAACUGGGGCUGAGCACCGAAGCUUUUUUGUUUUAUUAGAAACUUUAAUGAGCUUCACUAGACUCUCCAUUUAGCUCGUGCACAAGCUAAGCUCAAGUCCACUUGUGUGGUUCAAUUAUUCCCAUCCCAAUUUAUGCGAAAAAUCACUGCUUUAUUUUGCCCCUGUGGAUUUUAAUCUGAGAGGACCAACAGAUUGUAAAAACUUAGAUUUUAUUAUGAUUUAAUUUUUAUCAGGGUAGCAUACAGUCUGCAUCUUUCCUACUUCUUGAGCAGGAGUCAGGGCUGUUUUCUGACUUAGACAGUUGACACAUUUCAAGCCUUGACAAAUGGACUCCUGCAUUGUGAACUUGCUUGUUUCAGUGCCAAUGCACAUUUAGUCUGAAAUUAAGUUUAGGUGCAUUGCAUCGUAGAGACAGAGACUAGCUGCACCUUUAACCAAAAUUAAGAAAAAAACCUGGUCUGAAGUGGAUGGCAUUGUUCCCUGCUAUUUAAGGCCCUGUUUUUCAGCACAACAUCUCAUAAGCACAAUACACAUUUCUUUAUUCUAUGUUUGCUGUUUGGUGCGAUAGAAACUUGACAACUGUACUAUAAUUCAAGCAGUACGAAGGUUUUGCCAUUCUGUCUCACUAAGCCGGCUACCUAUCUGUCUAGUUAGCUAGCUAGCUAAUUAUCUUGCUAGCUACUAUUCAAUCUGGUUAUAACAACUCUCCAGUACAUGAUUCAACUAUUAUCCAUCAUGUAUUUACUCUAGGGGUGUCCUGAUAUGUUAUUGAUCGGAUCAGAUCAGAUAUUGGUCUGAUAUCAGCAAAAACUCAAUUAUCGGAUUAUGACGACCUGCAUCUGUAAUCUCCGAUAUCAGCACUCUGACACAAGCAGUCUAUUCCAGACUCAGAUCCAGCACCUCUAUCUAGCAGCUCCUGGAUCUGGCAUGUAGAGCCCAAGGGAUCACAACAACAGUGUGUACGUAGAUAGUAACAAAGUAGCAAAGAGUAGGAGUGAUGUCGGCCCUGUGGCAGUGUUUUUCAUUUAAGUCCGAAAAAGACGUUGCAGCUGAGUGAAAAACUUGUCAUGCACAAGUUUGUGCUAAUAACAGAUCAAUAUCGGUAUCAGACAAAACUAAAGGCUACAAUAUCGGUAUCGUAUCGGAGGUAAAAAGUUGUAUCGGGACACCCCUAAUUCACUCUUGUUUGAAAGUUAAACACCAUUAAUCAGCAGUCAUGGUUUUUGAAGCUUUAUCCAUUAACAGCAUGAUUAGGGUGAUAAUGAUCUGAAAGACUUUAUUAAAAACUAUGAUUAAAAAAAGACAUCCCAACUGCUGAUUAAGUUUAUCAUUUUUUUCUCUACAGUGAUGAAUGUCUUACAAAUGGUCGUGCUUGUUGUUGGUGCUGAUUUUCACGGUCCAUCUCUCACCUCCGCAGAGUUCUUUUUGCUACUGGAUCAAAAAGGAGCUCCGUAACUUAAAACCUCGCUGGUGCAGAGAGCAUGAAGACUGGACGCUGUAUUUGUUCUCUCCUGAGAGCCCGUGAGUCUCACACAAACACACAUUAUUGAAUAUGAACAUCACUCCGAAUGGCCCCAGUGACCGUGGGCUCCAUCGACAUGUCCCUCUUUUAUCGCCUUAACCCUAUAUCUGUAGUUACUCUCUGUUUUUUUACUUCUCUUUUACUGCUUGCUGACUAAUUGUUUGGUCAAUAGCUUUCACAGACCCUUUACAGAUAACUGUGUUUAUGUCUGUGUGUGUGUGUCUGUGUGGGCAUAUGUGUGUUUGUGUAGAUGCCGGAUGUGGUGCCAGAGUGUGAUCUCUCACAGAUUGUUCGACCAUGUGGUUCUGGUUUUUAUCUUCCUCAACUGCAUCACCAUUGCUCUGGAGAGACCCGAUAUACAGUCCAACAGCUCGGUAAGACACACACACACACACACACACACACACCAUAGCCCACACUCUUGCUCGCUGCACUGUUUGUUGUUAUGUUUCUCGUCUAUCCCACAGAGACCAAAUCAUUUAUUUUUUACUCGAUAAACUUUGAGCUGUAUUUUGGUCAGAUUAACUACAGCAGACAGAGACCCCUGAUAUUAACCCACUUAAUCUAAGAUGACUAUCAUAAAGUAACUCGCUAACUGAAAUAUUCUGGGUGAAGUCGGGGGGAACAACUUUGCAGGAUGGGAUUUUUGUGCAUGUCUGAAAGGGGCUCAUUUGUCUUAUUCUUGACCUUGUCUCUUUGCUGCUAUCUUCUUCCAGGAGCGAGUGUUUUUGACUGUGUCCAACUACGUUUUCACUGUGAUUUUCCUGGCAGAAAUGGCCAUGAAGGUAAAAUUGCUGUUUUUACCAGAUUAUAGCAUUAAAAACCCAAAACUACGCAGCUUCAGAGUUGUUUUGAUAAUCCCGUAAAUCUGUUUUCACCAGGUUGUAGCUCUCGGUUUCUGCUUCGGGAAUCAGACUUACCUCCAGUCCAGCUGGAACGUCCUCGACGGUUUGCUGGUCUUCGUGUCUCUGAUCGACAUUCUGGUGUCUUUGGCGUAUUCUGGCGGAAACAGAAUCCUGGGCAUCCUCAGAGUCCUCCGCCUGCUACGAACACUACGCCCACUGAGGUACACUCGUGUUUGUGUUGGGUCAUGUAUGGCAUAUGUGCUGUAAGCUUGUGAUCAAGCUCUGCGCUCGCUGGAAACAUGCGAAUAUUUCUAUCAGCUGAAUAUGUGCCUGUAGACGCGAGUGUUUUUGUAAACAUUCACAUGUCUCUAUUCUUGUUUACCAGGGUGAUCAGCAGGGCCCCAGGGUUGAAGUUGGUUGUAGAGACUCUUAUCACCUCUCUUAGACCCAUCGGGAACAUUGUGCUGAUCUGCUGCGCCUUCUUUAUUGUCUUUGGCAUUCUGGGGGUUCAGGUAGUUUACAUUCACACACAGUAACACGCACAAACUUUCACAACACAGACACGUCUGUAGAUGAAGAUGAAAAGCACGCACUGCAGCGUGGAUACUACUUUUUCUAAUCUCAAAGACAAAGUGUUCUGCCCUUUGCAGGCGAAAAAUAUCAGACUGCUUGUGCAGCUGCAGAUGUGAUUGUGGCUGAAAGGGUGAAGUGUCUUGAAUAUCUAAUAGACAAUAAGCUUUUGUGCCUGAAUGACAAUUAGGUUAAGUGUGAAAAGGGACAACAUGAACCUCAGGCCAGCUUUUAGCAGAGCUCAAAGGCAAAAUUUCAGAUAAGGAUGUGCUCUAUGAAAUGUCUUUUUUAUUUCUGGAAUUAAUAGCUGGAUCUGAAAAUGCUGAAAGCUGCUGUGCAAUUAAGAUAAUGUGUAAAUGGCUGGAAAAUAACCCUGCAGACGUUUUCAUCUGCCGCUGUGUCUCUGUCUUAUCAGCUCUUCAAAGGAAAGUUUUACCACUGUGAAGGUCUGGACACCAAAAACGUCACCAACAAGUCCGACUGUCUGCAGGCCAACUACCGCUGGAUACGGAGGAAAUACAACUUUGACAACCUGAUUCAGGUGUGGCUGAGUGGACUGAGGGGGAGGGAGGGAAGCAACAGCCAAAUAUAGGCUUCAAAAACAAGAACAACAAACUCAAAGCCUCUCAUUAACCGUCAUUAAAAGGGAUUGAAGUGUUUUCUUUAAGGCAGAGUCAGACUAAAACACUGAAAAAAAGUUUAAAAUCUCGACACAAUACAUCACAGCCUUCCACAUUUUUUCAAACUAAAAAUGCGACACAGACUAAUGUCACAACUUAAAGGAGAUUGAAAUCAAUUAGAUUUUAUUGAUACCAAAGCCACAGAUUUUGCUCAUCAAUCCACUUAUUUUUUUCAAUUCCCAACAAAAAAAGGACAAAAAAAAAAGUAAAAUUAUAAUUUUUCAAAGUGUCUUUAAAAUGUAGGAUAUGUCAUCAGUGUUGCCAUGACUUUUUUUUUGAGCACACAAAGGAAGAAAACCUUUUUUCAGGAGGUUGAAUGAGACUCUGGGAAAUCUUGCUAGAUAAUCUUGUAAAUUAUCAAAACAUCAGGUCUUUGAUUACUUUUGUUGGUGAGGGGAAAUCAGGCCUUACAUGUAAUUCAUUCUCCUGUACUUUAUACCCUGUUCUAAUGGGAUUGUAAAAGGUUAAUUCUAGCAUUAUGAUCUUUUUCCAGUCAAUAAAUUUAUGUGUUUUGUCAUUUGUGUUCCCCAUCCAGGCUCUGAUGUCCUUGUUUGUGCUGUCCUGUAAGGAUGGCUGGGUCAAUAUCAUGUAUGACGGUCUGGAUGCAGUGGGAGUGGACCAACAGGUAAUGUUGUGAAGAACCAGCCGAGCGAGUCUGCGCAGCUGGGAUCAAGAGUCAUACUUUUAAAGUUAUGUUUUAAAGGUUUAUUUUGACUGUACACUCCCUUUAGAUUACAGUGAAAAACAGCUAAUUUAGCAGUCUCAGGUGCUGUACAUUGACUGUUUACCAACAGCGGUUGCCAUGUUGCUUCAGUAUGCCAGCCUGCCCAUCAAGUCAGCCAUGCCACUGAUUCCCCAAACUCAUACCUGCCAGAGCAGACACCACAGCUCCUCAUACUGGCUCCUGUAAUAUUGAGUACUGCUACUCCUUACUAGCAGGCCUUCCUGCCUGCACAGUCAAAUCUCUGUAGAUGAUCUAAAAUGCAGCUGCCUGUCUGAUUUUCAACCAACCCAGAACAAUAUGUCAUUCCACUGUUCAUCUCUCUCCACUGGUUUCCAAUAGCAACCCAAUUCAAUUAUAAAACCCCACUUUCUGCCUUUGAUACUGCAACUAAAUCAGCUCUUUCCUACCUGCAGUCCCUCAUGCAGGUCUACACUCCCUCCCACCUGUCAAUGAAAGGCACCUGGUGCUCCCAUCACAACAAAGCCCUAAGUCACUAGCCAGAUAUAAACGUACGCAAUGUCAAACGAUAGAUGUUUCAUUGUGGCAGAUUCAAAGCCAGGCUCAAAGGUGAGUUCAAAGCUCCAGCUGAUGAUCCCGUCAUCCUCAGAUCCACAACUGUGGGUGCUGAAAUGUGCAGAAAUAGUCAGUUACAUUUCAAAGCAGAGCAGUCAAACUUUUAUUUGUGGCAACAUUCAGAGAAAUCAUUUAUCCAAGGGUAUGCAAGGACAGGAUGUGUUGGCAUAGUGCGAAGCUUUGAACUGGCAACGUGGCAUUUCUGCUGCUCCCCAAAGUCAAAAGAACAUCAAAACAUGGUACUUUUUCAAAUUUUACGGAGCCUUAUGUAAAACCAAAUGUACUUAAAAGCUAAAUCUGCCGUCCUCUGCUGUUUUCCUCUCAGCCCGUAAGGAACCACAACCCCUGGAUGCUGCUCUACUUCAUCUCCUUCCUGCUCAUCGUCAGCUUCUUCGUCCUCAACAUGUUCGUCGGCGUUGUGGUGGAGAACUUCCACAAGUGCCGGCAGGACCAGGAGGAGGAAGAGGCGCGCCUACGGGAGGAGAAGAGGCUUAAAAUGAUAGAGAAAAAGCGCAGGAGUAAGGAGAAUGGAGGGGCUGGUCGGUAGUCUAUUUUUCUGAGCACUGCCUGCUUUCAGAGCCUGAAAAAGAGAGAAAGAGAAUGAAAGAGACAGAAAAUAGGGAAAUAAAUAUGUGGCUACAAAAUACAAAAAGAGAAGAGGGAGAGUUUAAAAGACUGGCUAGCUCCCGCAAACAGUGAUUGAACACUGACAGAAGGCGUUGGCUAUGCCAGUCGAUGCAUGUGACUGCAUGAAUGCAACAUUCCCCCCCAAACCCUUACCCUUAACCUGCAUGAAAACUAAUCAAAUCUAACCAAUAUUUGCAUAAAAAUAUCUCAAAUUUGAUGCUCACUGUAAGGAGAACUUCAGUACAAACAAAUGAAAACAGUGCUUUUAUAGCUUUUCCUGGAAUCUGGCUUAAAUCCUGUCCCCUAUAACUUAAAGAAAGAAAAGAAAACAGAUUUUUAAUAUGACAUUGUUGUUAGAGAGAAUCUUUGCAGCCCCAUUCCUGCAUGUGACGCUGAUUCAGGUUGAUGCUACCCUUCAAAAUUCUGAUCGGUGAAAUGCCAAUGCCCCCUCUCCCCUCCUGAGUGCAUGUGCAGCCCUGAGCCUGAGGCGUCCCGACACGUGGACAAAGAGGAGGACUUUUCCUGUUCAACAUGCUUUGACUGGCAGACUCAGAAACAUAGCAGACGUUUUGGCUGCUAUACCUGCAAAGACCUUUGAGUUGUAGAGCUGUUAGAAAAUGUUAAGGAGUUUUCUUACAGCUUGAAGAAAAUGCUAAUCAUGUCAACAGAUUGGUCAGAAACACACCAGGUAUUGCAAGAACAAGUCCAAAUGCAAACAAGUGUUAUGUCAGGACUUGUUCUUUGUAGUGUGUUUUGUUAUUAAGGAGACAGGGAUGUAACAAUAUACUGAACUGACUCUAUAAUACUGCAAUAAAGUUCUACAAGAUACAAUUCAACAUAAAACAACAGGAUACAAUAUAUUAAGAUAUGAUGUAAUGAAUGAUAUUAAAAGAUGACACAGCAGGUUACAAUGUGUCACAACAUGACAUAGCAUGGCAUGACAGUAAAUAGUACAACUUGAUAUGUGACAGGAUACGCUGCAAUGAGAAAUGGGACAGUGGCAUAACAAAACAAUAUUGGAACAACACAAAAGGUUAGGAUAAGAUGCUGUACAAUACAAUAUAAUAUCAUGUAAUAUGAUAAGACAAUAUAUGAUAUGAUAAGGCAUGAUAUAAUACGACCCAAAGCAAUAUGAUACAACACAAUAAAAUGCAUUACAAUAAGAUAUGAUACUGCACAGCAAGGUAUGUUACAACAGGGUAAUAUAUAAUAACAAUGGCACAUGUUAUGAAAAGAUAGGACAUACUAAACAACACAACAUGGUAUGAUGUGAUAUGACAUGAUAUUAUGAUAUGGUAUCAUACAAGUGUAUCAUACAGUACAUGAUACAACAAAUUAUAACACAACCUGGUUAACAAGGAUAUGACAUAGUACGAUACCAUGUGGAUGCUACAUGAUACAUUAUGAUACAAAUGAAACAAUAUGAUAAAUGACAAUAAAACACAAUACCUGACCAAAAUAGUCACGAAAUGAUAGUUGAUAGGCUAUAUUAUAAGAUAUGACACAAUAUGAUACAGUAGAAUGGUUACAAUAUGAUUCUAUAUAUGAUAUAAUUUGAUACUAUAUAAUGGUAGAAAAACGAUACAAUAUGAUAUGAUGUAAUACGAUAUGUUACUUAUGAUACGUUAGCUAUGAUAUGAUAGUUACGAUGUGUUAGCUACGAUACAACAUUAUGAUACUCAAUGCAAUAAAAUGCGAUUGGAUAAGAUAUACAAUACAAAGUACUAUGUCAACUUUGUGAAGUUGAAAUUGCUUUCUGAUAUAGAGAUGACUUUUUCCUGUUUUUAUAAUCAACAUGCUUUCUUUUCAGUUAUGCAAAAAGUAAUGCAACCAAAAGAAAGAUCCAGAAUUAGAAGAAAAUAGUGGAUAGAUCAAUCAACAGGAUAACAUUUUCAGUGUUUUUGCACUAUAGUGUCCUAACUUUGUAAUGUCUCUCUUUCUGUUACCUGCAGAGCAGGUGCUGAGACACUACUCAUGACACUAUGCAAGAUGAUACAAUUAUUUAUCAGUAGUGGGUGUCAAUCUUAUAUCACCAUAAUAAUAAUGAUAAUGCUAAAAUGGCUAGCAAAUACACUGACAUAGCAGCGCAUACAUAAUCCCAAUUUCUCACUUGCUGUUGCCUUGUUUGUCUAUACCUCGACACCCCUUACAGACAUGAGAGACACACUGAUGUCAAAUACAGACGUCAAACACAGAUAGCGCUUUUUUCAUCUCACUGACUUGAAUCGCCUUUUGAUACAUAGAGGUUUUCAACUCUCUUGAAAGACACUGUUACAUCACAAAGAGAAAAGAUGAAGGUUUAGUGUUGGCAAUUAUACAAGAAUACAGUUAGUGGUGUGAGCAGAGAUCCUGUCUUUUCUAGUACUUUUACUUACAAGUCUCACUGGUCUAAAACUGCCGUAAGUCAGUCCAGAGUAAUGUUUUCUAAUCAACCGUCUUUAAAAGAUGUUUGGUCAUGAAACGUGUCAAUGACAAGGAUAAAACAAGAGAAACAAAAGCAAUGAAAGAAGUUUUAGACCACUGAGAUUUCUCUAAUGGGAAACAAGUGUAGUGGCUCCAGUGUGUUCAACAUCACAGUGCAUGAAGAGAUAGAUUUGAAUCUGUCAAAUUGUAAGGAAACAAAUUGGUAUAAGUUCAAAGCCAUGGCUGAAUCGAUGUGCUUUAUUGACCCUACACUUAGAUAUCUGAAAAAAAUGGAAAACUUUUGGGUUCUCCCUUGGGAAAAGUCUCUCUCAGAAACCCAUUAACUACCAUCUUGUGCAAAUAUAUGAUGUUGAACAUACCCUGCGCAGCCCCCUCUUAACCAUAGUCAUUACAGCAGAGGCAUGAAGGCAUGCAGUGGAUAGACAGGGCAUGGUGUACUUAACAGGGGUGUCUUAAAAAUGCACGCACUUACACAUAUGCAAUUUAUAACCAUCAUAUAUAUAUGUAUAUGGACAUGUGAGUACACAGUCAAUCAACAAACAGGGUUGGACAUGUUUAGGAUAAUGGCUGCACUUGAAGUAUCAUUAUUAUUCAUAGGCGGUAAAGCUUCCUAUAGUAACGACACGCCUUAAAAAGUUAAGUGUGUUGCCCUUCUUUGAGUAGACUUGGCCUUCCUUUGUGGUCAGCAUAAAAUGCAGGAAUUAAAUUAUUGUAAACUUAGAAGAUGCACACAUUGAAUAAAGUACUCUUGUCGGUUUAAUACAGUUUUAGGGCGGCUGGAGGGCAUUGAGGGUGAUAGAUGAGAAAAUAGAGUGAGGACGAACACAGAAGCCAAGCUUUGCACUGCUGUGGAAGAGGUUUUCAGUGGAAGUUUACGUUACAUUUUGGUUAUUAUCAGUGCUUCACCUUAGAUUGGCUGUUUUUGGUCAUGCUCAGACUGAAUCCAAACAACAUUUUUCAAGUGAUCUUUAUGAUGCUGUAAACCUUUUUUUUCCCCUCAAACAAAGUUACAUUGCUUUCAGGCAGCUCAACUGUGUAUUUGAAUUUCUCGUAUUAGUUGUCACCUUUACAAACCCAUCCAUCCAUUUUCUCCGGUCCCAGAGAGGCAGUCAGAGAAAGUUGACCCAUACCUCCCUCUUCCCAGAAACAUUUUCUUGCUCCUCCUGUGGGAUUUCGAGGUGUUCCUAGGUCAGAUGCAAUAUACAAUCCGCAGCUGCCUCCAGCAAUCUCUGAGCCUACCCCGAGGCUGGCUGACCGUGCCUGGCUCACCUCCAAAGGGAGGCAUCCAGGAGGCAUACUUAUCAAAUGUCCAAACCACCUUAGCAGACUCCUUUUGAUGUGGAGAAGCAGGAGCUGUACUCUAAACGUCUUCUCAAUGUCUGAGCUCCUGAAUGUGUUCAAAAAGAGUAAAUUCACGCCAUGUACAGUUGGCAUAAACUUUUAAACAUAGAGCCAAAUGAGGUUUACUUCACUUUUGAUGCUUGCCCCAAGUGGGCAUCGGAGGAGCUGCACCCUCACAUCAACUCCAUUUUUAUAACGCUGGAGGUGCUGAUCGGUUUAGCUACAGACCCAUCUACAGCUUUUGUGCUUGGCUCCUGUGUUGGUACUCCAACUGGCUUUCUGAUUACCAUCUGCUGUGGAUAAUACACUUUCUUUUCACAAGUAACUUACAAAAACUACUUAGAAAUAUCAAAAAAUGUCCCAUUAGGUUGUCGUUGGGUACAGCUUAAUGAUCUCCCAGGUGACUGGAAUUUCUUAGUGAGGAGAAGUUGUCAUGUGUGUCCAAAACUGUCAUUGUUAAGCCAGAGAACUUCAGCCUUUUGGUUGAUAAGUGAGAUAAGAAUACCUGUGACUCUCAUGUCCGCUAUUAUUAGACCACAUUACAAAGACAGCAGUGUGCACAGUCUGUUUGCAGGGCUAAAAAGGGUAAUACCACAGGGAUUUUAGUUAUAGUUAGUGCUCUUUCACAACAGAGUCAUAGUUGUCAUCAUGUUUGUUGAAAAAUAGCUUCUUUUUUUUUUACAGUCAAAGAGAAACAGACACAACGGGCUCCCUUUUUUAGCCGCUGCAACUCCCUGUGCGCACCACUGUGUUUUAAUUUCAGAGUUAAGUCUUUCACCUUCUGUCUGAGUCUGACUGUCUGUGUGUUUGUGUCUGUCUCUCCUCGUGUUGUCUUGUGCGCUGCAGAGGCCAAACAGAGGCCUUACUACGCUGACUACUCCCCGAUCCGCCUCAGCAUCCACACACUGUGUACCAGCCAUUACCUGGACCUCUUCAUCACCUUCAUCAUCUGCAUCAAUGUCUUCACCAUGAGCAUCGAGCACUACAAUCAGCCCAAGGUAAUGGCCCUGCACAUACAAACACAUAGUAUAAUACUUUUUUUUUUUUUAAGAUAUUGUAUAGCCAUUGGUAAAUGUUUUGACAUAAGCCUGUGUUUUUCUUUUUGUGUGUUUAGUACUUAGAGGAAGUCCUUAAGUACUGCAACUAUGUGUUCACCUGCAUCUUCGUUGUCGAGGCUCUUCUGAAAUUGGCAGCAUUUGGCAUCCACAGGUUCUUCAAAGACAGGUCAGUGUAAAUACAACCUCACUGAGCAUUUUUUAGUCUAAAAGAGGUCUAACAGACGUCUAAAUGUAGCCAAGACGACUGGUCUAGAAACAGGCUACCACGGGUCGAUAAAUGAAAGUUUUUUAGUUGUCUAAAUUUAAACCAAGUUUAGACCAAGUCUAAAUCUGGGCUAUAUCUAUACUACACUGUACAUUGCUUAACGGCUAUCAUAAUUAUUUUGGCUACUUGGAGAUCAUUUAUGCAACUCACAGUUGCUUUUUGAAAUAAAUAGUUAUCGAAUAAUGGGUUAAAGUGCAACGUCUAAAUUCUGUCUAAAAAUAUACAGAAUCUAGAUGGGAAAAAUAUUACUAGAUGUCUAAUAGCCAUCUUUUGCUCAAUUGGAAGCAGUAAAGCAGUAGCAGUAAAAUGUGAUAUUUUAUUAACUGUAUAUUAGUGUGCUGAUAGUAUUUUGUGUAAAAUACAUUCCUAAUCCCAAUACUUAAAAAACUGUACAUGUUUCCUCUUUGUAUGCUACAGUGACAGAAUCAGCCUUAUUUUUAUAUAUAAGUAUGUGUUCAUACAGGGAAUUUGACUCUGGUAAACUUUGUUAUCUAUGUACAAACAUUACAAAAAUUAAAAAGUAUGUACAAACUUGUGCGAGACAUUUAGGCAGUAGUGUGGUGUAAGACAGUAGUUUAAACCUGUCUUUAUGGAUGCAGCAACAAUUGUGUGCACAGAUACUGUUUUUUUAAAAUGAAUUACAAGCUCAUGCAGAGAUUUCUACUACAGAGUUAUGUCUGUUUUUAAUGCUGUACUUUGGGCUUUAGGAUCACGGCUAUCCAGUGUUGGUGAAUCACUUUGUCCCUUUUGAUUUCCCCCUCUUCUUUAGGUCUAUAAAUGACAAAACCUCCACAAUCUUAUUAUCUGAGCUUGUUCAACUUUUUCAGCCUCUCACAGAGUGAUCUCUCUCUCCUGACCCCUUUACUUUUGAAAGACUCGGCCUCUCUGAGAUCCCCUUUGAUAUCCAGCUAUGUUACUAACCUGUUGCAAAUUAACCACAUUAAUCCGAGGAUGUUCCUCUCAUUUUUAUUUUCUUUUUUUGGCAUACUUUUGGAACAACACAACUCUCUCAGUGUUUCAAACUUGUUUUUGCAAUUGUGCUGCUGGCAUCAACUUUGAAAUCUGCAAAUAUUUUCCCCAAGGACAAUAUUUGUUUUCAGUUUAAGCAUUUGAUACAGUGUACUAAAUGUUUUUCAAUUUAUGCAGACAGCUUUAAUGAUUUACAUACCAAAAAAUCCUGUUUUGACAUGAACUGAAACAUGUUUAUUUGUGUGUCCAGGUGGAAUCAGCUGGAUAUAGCCAUAGUGGCUCUGUCCAUCAUGGGCAUUACCCUGGAGGAGCUGAAAAUGAGCGCAGCCCUGCCCAUAAAUCCCACUAUCAUCAGAAUCAUGAGGGUCCUCAGGAUAGCACGAGGUAGGAGCACAAACACACACGGUCUGAUCUUGUUUAUCUUUAUGUCUAAAAAAGAAAUUGCACGUUGCAAAGUCGGUUUUGUGAGUCAACUUUUUUCUGACACAUCUCAAAAUCAUUGAAGAAGGAAUUAUGUGGGAUGGUAAAUACCAAACGCAAAAGGUUAAAUUUAUUACAAAUUAAACAUAGGGUCUAAAUCAGUGACUAAUUUCUCAGCUUUGACGAUACUGUGAGGACUUUUUGGUGGCUUUAUAAAGAACUGAAAUGUGCAUCAGCGCCCCUUUUCAAGUUCUUAAAGCAAACCAGAACAUCAUCAUGAAGAUCGCUCAUUUCUAUGCAGUUAUUUUAAAUGUUUGAACCAAAGCUGGGGGGUUGGUGCCAAACAGGGGCUGACUUAACCGUAGAGAAAAAGGCCCAUAUUACAUUUACCACAGCUAUGACUCAGUGAGUGAUAGGCCGUCACAUGAGAGUGAUGAUAGUUUUUGUCGCACAUGCUUUGGUACGGGACAAAUUCAGCACAGGGAUAAGAGAGACUGCUUUGAUUUUUAACAUGUAACAGCCUUUUCAAUCAAAAAAAAAAAAAAAAAAAACUUCUCAUUAAAGCUCCUGUGAGGAAUUUUCAGUUUGUGUCAAUUUUGGCACCCCCCCAAAGGACAAAAUAGUCUUUGCUUAACUUGUCAUGUAUCCGCUUAAGCUUACUUAUGUUUAAAAAAAGUAAUCCUGCUGACUUUAAUAGUAAAAUGUAUAAUUUAUUAUGAAUAUUUUGUAAAGAAUUUGUAAAAACAGAGCUCCUUCUUCAGCUGCUCAGCUGACACCUACCCCCUUGCAUCAGUUUAAGGCAUGAAAAAUUGCAAACCAAAAAUUGUAAAUCUUCUCUCCAAUGCUCUUGUUUGCUUUUGGGUAUCAAUAUGAAUUUAGGUCUGUGUCCUAAAUGUCAAAAAACCUCCUCACAGGAGCUUUAAGAUAGAUUAUUAUGUAUUUUCUUUUAAAAUGUUUUGGGACUUUCUAGCUGUUUGCUCCUUUUUUCAAUAACUCUGUAGGCUGGAUUUAAAAAGUGCUUUUUAAACAAAGGUUAGAUCAUCCUUCGUUUUAGAGUACAUGUAGACCAUGCCACUGUAAACCCAGCAACAGCUGGCUGUUAAAGACUGCUCCUGUGUCUGUUUGCAGUGCUCAAACUCCUGAAGAUGGCCACUGGGAUGAGAGCUCUGCUGGAUACUGUCAUGCAAGCUCUGCCUCAGGUAAAGCCAGACUCCCUGAUGAGUGAUUUUUACGGUCUGUUUUAUUAAUGCUCUUUCUUCUUUGGAUGAGUAUAAUGUUAUUAUGGCGGCUGCUUGGGGUAGACAGCUCUAAAAUUUUUAUGCUUGUUAAUGAAUAUUUCACUCCACUCAUAUCCAGCCACAUUACUAAGAUGUUUUCCAAACUCCCUCUUCUCUGCUGUCUGCUCUUGGUUUUACUGUUACAUGUGCAAAACAAUAAAUGCCAAAUGAAAAAUAAAAAGUAACUACCGUUAUUGUACGUGGUUUUAAAAUUGAGCAACAAACCAGUGUAGAUUUGUACAACUUCCAGUCCCCAAUCUUCGUGCUUUUUUUAUUCAGAUGGCUCCCUACCUCCCUUUUAAAGUGCAUCUGCAGCUGUUUUGGUCUUAGCUCCGCCACAGAUCUUGGAGGCAAACAACAGAUGCAGCAAGGACAGAGCUGCACGUGCAGAGACAGACUCCAUUGUUCUAAAUGUCAAGUGUAAAACACCAGGGCACAGGGUGCACAAGAAGAGAUCUGAAGAAACCGAAUGAAAGCAAAAGAGUAUGAUGCAAAUGUAGCUCCCGAUAGAAAAUACAGCUCAGAGGGUUUGCAGAGGAAUAAAGAAAAACUCUCUAUAAUAACUGUUUUAUCAGCACUUCUGGUUCACCAGCAGAUCUUUCAUCGACUGGUGCCUCCACUAAUCCCAGGUUUUAGUGGAAAAUGUCAAAAGUCCAGAUGAAUUAUUGUACUUAAAGAAGUCUGAUGAUAAAUUGUAUUCAUUUAAUAUGCAAAAAGUUUAUUUUAUGAUAUCAGUAGCAUAAAUAGUUCAGGUGGAUACAGUUUUUGCAAAAAUAAAUCAGAGAUUAAUCUGCGAUCAGUGUUAUCUUUGGCAGCUAUGGACUUCUCAGUUUUAGUCAUAUUUGAGUAUUUUUGUCCUAAACAGUUGUAGUCUAGUUUUAAUCAACAAGAAGUAGAAAUAUUUUAUAUAUUUGGAGUCAAUAAAAUGUCCUUGCAUUACACAAGUGGCUAAUUGAGCCAUUCAGUGCAUCAAAAUGUCAGGGAGCUCAGUGAGUGUGUUCAUUUAUGCACUGAUUUCUAGUAGCUGAUGUCCAAAACAGCUGAUCUGAUGCAGUGAGCAGGAAGUCAAGGAAUAAAAAGCUGUUGUUCAGAUGAAGUCAUUAAGCAGAUAGAAAGGUUGUUUGAUGUCACCUUCAGUCUGUUAUUAAAUUUUUAAAACACCUGUAAGGUUUUUUUUUUUUUGUUUUUUUUAAUGAUUAUGAAACAGAAUGAAAUUAGUAUUGAUGCAUUUUUAUAAUAUCCAAAAGAGUGGGAACUCAGGCUAGAGUCUCCCAACUGAGGCCAUACUCAUUAGCCAUGUUUACAUGGGCACAAAUAAUCGGAAUAAAGGCCUGAUCGGAAAAAAAAAAUGCAUCAUGUAAACAUGUCACUUGGAAGAUUCUGAUCCAACUCAGCUCAAUCAGAGAGAAAUUGUUGAUCCGAUCGAGAGGGGUGAUUUAUGUCGAUUGUUAUUCCGAAACGCGUCCAUGUAAACACUUAUUCCAAUGGAUAAUAAUCUCUUACCUGACCCGAUCUUCGCUCUUCAGCCUUUGGCUUCUUUAUUGAGGCCAGUACAGGAGGUUGCAUAAAACACAACCACAGGUGCUCCUCCGAAACCAUAACAAGGCGUACAUACAGCGUAAUCUUUGACAGUACAGUAAAAUAAGUGAGCAAGGGCGCCAUCCAGUGACAACAUUUAACAGCGGGUAACAUCCUGAACUUGAUGGAGUGAGCCACUACUGCGUAUGUUGGUUUGUGGACAGUGCAGGCGUCAAUACAACUCUUCUUCUGCGGUUGUUUUAGCGAAAUCAGACAACUCUGCGCAUGUCUAAAUGCUUCUAAUCUGAAUGAAGCUUGGUGCAUGUAUACGCGCGUCAUGAUUGGAUUAUUUGAUAUUGCACUCAUUUAAGCGGUGGAUUCAGAUUAUUUGAUCCCUCAAAUUUUUAAUCAGAUCAAAAAAUUUUACCCAUGUAAACGUAGCUAUUGUUAUCUACUGUUUGAAGUACACACACUGUUGGAACUUUAUUCAACCCCACUAUAAAAAACCCAGACUAUUCCUUUAACAGAGAAAGGGUUCGCACCAGUCCAAGACCUUUUUUGCAAAUAGGCUCUUUUCAUGUAUAAUGCAUGAGGAAAUCUUAAUGUCUGCUGUUCCCUGCAGCCCUGAACAAACAACAUCUACAGUAUGAUGUAACUUUAUGCUUGAUGUACUGAGGAGGAACUUCUGUGCCUUUUACUUCCAGGUUGGGAAUCUUGGCCUCCUCUUCAUGCUGCUCUUCUUCAUCUACGCUGCACUGGGGGUGGAGCUCUUUGGCAAACUGGGUCAGUCACACUACCAGCAGAGAAACACAAACACACACACAUGCACCGCAGUCUACAAGCCUCGGCAGAAAAAAAAAAAUGUUUUGGAAUCGGCUCGUUACCGGCACAGUCACGACUUAGCACAUUUCCCCGCCCGAACUAUCUCAGCUCAAUCCUCUCUCUCUCUGCCCCCAUCUGUCUCCCCGUCUCCUCUCUUCUCCAAUGCUCUCACAUCACAGGCCUUUCCACAGAGAGGUGAUCACAUUUGCAUGAUCACGUUUUUUUUACAUACUGACUCUCUCUGUCCGAUUCAUUUUCUCUGAGAGCGCAAGAAUGUGUGAAGGAAGAGGAUUAGCCAGAAAGGCAUCUGUGGGGACGAUAUAAGAACAGCUUGGUGGUGAAGAGGUUGCUUUCUGCGAAAUGUUGUUGUGCUGCUUCUCCUCACGUUUGGGAAAACGAAGCAGGGUCUCUUAGCUAGUUUUGUAAAGUACUACCUCUGUUUCUGCUCUGAUUUUUUUUUUUUUGCUUUUUGCUUUUCCCAGGCUGCUGGUAGAAGUUUUUUGAUGUCUGAAUGUCUUUUUUCCCCUGGUGGUCAUACUCUUGAAAUGCUGUUUUCUGGUUAACAAAGAACUGAAGGAGUGAGCUAUAUUUUGGCACAGGUUAGUCAAAAGGUUUGAAGGAUACAGCAGUGCAAGUGGGCGAGGAUUUGGUACUGAAAUUCCUUCAUCACCCAUUUUGAUACUUGGCAUACUUUUAUUCUGAAAGGACCCUUAAACUUGGUGGUACUUCCUCUGAAAAAGGAACAACUACAUCUCUUUUUCUCUCCACCUCUCUUUGUUAUCUGGAAAGACACUUAGCAGCAUGUGCAGAGAGAGGAAGAAAAACAUCAGUCUGUGUUUUAUAAAUACAAUGUAAAUAAAUGCUGUUGUGUUCAGCAAAUAGUCUUUUCAUUAUGGCGGCCUGCCCAGGUAUCGUUUAUGUGUGUGGGGGGAAUGCAAACAAUGCAUCUUUAGCUAAAAAGAUCGUCAUUGUUAACACCAUGUUUACCUACUACAACUGAGUAUCAGGGCAGCAUUAAAGAACAUUUAUUUUAAAUUUUAAGAAAAAAGUCCUAAUGUUAUGAGAACGUCGCGUAUUGCUCUGAGAAGAAAGUCAUAAUAAAGUCAUAAUCUUAGGGGAAUAAAGUCAUAGUUGUAGUAGUCAAAGUCAUAUUUAGUAAGUAAAGACAUUGUGUUCCAUGAUUAAAGUAAUUAUGUCACAGAAUACAAACAUUAAAGCUCCUGUAAGGAUUUUUUUUCUUUUAUGGAAUAGGCUGAAAUUCAUAACAAUGCCUUUAUUAAGUAAACAAAAUCAAACAAAACCAUAAGCAACAAAACAGACAUUUUGACAUGCUGUAAAUCUUGAUACCUCUUAUACAAACAAAAAGUUCUUCUCAGGAGCUUUAAUUCAGCCAACACUUGGCUGCAUUCUCAUAAUAUAGCAUCUUUAUUUUUGUCAGAUUAAGAUACGACUUUAAUCUCAUAACAUAAUAACUAGAUUUUCGCAGCUCGUAACAUAACUUUUGUUCUCGAAAUCUAUUAAACAUCUAGUAACACUCAAAUUCAGGGUUCACAUACUAAUCUUUCAUUAGUUGCGUAGUCGUUGCAUGUUUAUUAGCAGAAAGUCGGCUCUUAAUUAGUCACACUAAAGCACUUAUUAACACCUAAUUCUCCAAGAUCAUAUUCUAUAACUAGUAAGCCUCAUUCAUAGCAAAUAAAAAAGCUGACAUUUCAUUUAUAACCAGUUUUGUACACUUUUUUAGAAUGAGGCUGGCAAAGGUCAUAGUUAUGCAAACUAGUUCUUAACAAGACUUGAUAAUUAUGCUCUAAACUUGUAAACUAUUCUUUACAAGUAGCUUCAAAAUUACUUUUUAUCUCAUUGAUUUGGAUCGUCCUCAAGGAUCAUCCUUAAAAAGAGAAAAUGAGAAGGAGGGAAAGUAUUGGCAGGUAAAUAAAAUGUGUUAGGAGUCAUUUUACUUCACCACAAUUUGAGUCCUUGUUUAUGUGUAACAGUUUUCCACUUUCUAAAGAGGCACCGUUACAGCCUGAGUACUCCAUUAAGAGCCAUCCAGCGGCUUUAAGAGUCAGUAUUUCAGCUGAGACGGUGAAAUGAUUUGAGAACUACAAUAUUCAUCUCUUAUUGUCUAUUAACCUUCCCAGUGAUCAUAUAUAAGCUGCAAGUUGAAAAGUUCACAUCGAAUUUUACAUUCAAUGAAGUAAAAAUCACUUUUCUUCGCCCUCCUUUUCUUGCUAAGCUGUAAAUCUCAUUCCAAAGAUCUUUAAUAAAGGAAACCUUGCUGAUAUAAUUUAGCUUCUGGGGGUUUGGUUUAGGUGCACAUUUCAGUACUUUGCUGAAACUAUAGCGUACCUGAGCUCCAUCCGAAUAACUCUCCACCCAUUACUGCUUUAAUUGGCUCAUGAAAACUCUCUGCUCACAGAAAGGAACAAAGACAUUAUACAAGCUGGUUCUGUCUGGGAGGCUGAACUCAGUAGCCGUGAUGUCCACAGUCUAAGACGAGGGAAAGAAAAGGUCACAGGCGCCAGAAUUAUAAGAGGGACAGACUGAGGGCUUGAAUGUUUAAAUCACAGUUUUGGGUUUAAGCUGCAGUGCAGGUAUCAGGUAUUUUUAGCACAGAGGAUGCAUAUUGAGUUUAAAGUGAAAUCUGGAUUCAGUUGGACAUGACUCAGACUUUGGGAAGAAAGUUUUCACUGUUGUCUGAAAGAAAUAGCUGUUAUUGAAGAGGGUAUUAAUCAGAAACGUAAACUUAGUGACUUCACUCAUUGGAUUUGUCCCAAUUCAGUGAUCACACCCUUGUAUUUUAAGACUGAUCGCGUCACGGAGUGUCCCAUUUCAAAGGCUCCUUGAAAUGCGCCUGAUAUAUGUGUACUACUCUACCUGGGCCCCAAGGAUGCCAUUAUUCUGUCCUCUAUGGAAGAAUCGUGCUGUAAUUUAAAGGCCAUUGCAAAAGAGCAAAAAUACAGUUUGUCCAGACAGUUCACUGUAAUACAACUUCAAGCACAAGUUCAAGCAGGUGGGGAUGUCUAUUUAAAAAACAGAUGGGGCCUGGGAACUUAUAGGUCAAACUUCAAAAUGUCAACUAUGCUAGCUAGCUCCGGGUGUUAGCUACAAAAUAAACUCAAAUUCAUACCAAUACCUUUAUAUAAUAAACAAAAGCAAACAAGACCAUCAGUGACAGGAUUCACAUUUUUUAUUGUGUAAUUUUUGAUGCCUUAAAGUGGUGCGAGAGGGUAGGUGUUAGUCAAGCAGCUGAAGAAGCAGUCCCUGUUUUAACAUCUAACACAAAAUGUUAGUUGAAAAAUGAACCAUUUGACCACCUUAAACAAUAAGCCAUUAACUGAUUUAGACUUAAAUUGCACUUUUAAAAUACAUGUUCCCCUUCAGUAACCCUGGAUUCUUACUAAACCAAAUUUAGCAUACCUAGACAAUGUCGUUGGGGAUGUUAACACCUCAAUCAGACUGAAACCACGGCUUAAACCUUCUGAACAUGCACUACUGUUGACAUGUUGAACUUUGACCUGCAAGUUAAACAGAAAAAAAAGCAUUUUAAACAGCCAGGAAGUAAACAAAACAGGAGCAAUGAAAAUAAAGGACAUGGAAAACAUGAAGAGGUUUUAUCUACUGUAUCUCUGAAAAGUAUAGAGCUGUAAAGAAGUCUCUGUUGUCAUUGUAUCACAUAAAACCUGUUAACCUCUCGCUUAUGUGUUUUUUGAUUGUUUUGAUAUCGGACAUAGUUGGUUAACUUUGAGAUUACCCAAAAGCAACUGACUGAACGUGAGUGGGUAUCUCCACCUACCAUACGUAGUCGUGGCAGACAUACUUUUGUCAAUAAAUCAGUUCUCAACAGUAGUUUUAGACUGGGACAAGGAGAGAAUUUUUAUGAUUACCAAAAGCAAACAAAAUCAUCAGCAACAAGAUUGACAGAUUAUUAUCCAUUUGUCUAUAUGAUUAAAAAAAGGCUAAAUUUGUGUGAAAACCUCCAUCCGUCACUCAACUAAGUUGUCUUUUUCACUUCAUCAGAGAUUCAGCCUCUCAUUUUUCUCUGAGUGGUUGAUUCUCAGAAUAAGACACGAGGUGCAUAAUACUCCGAGGACCGCCUCCCUCCUCUCUGCCUUCCUGCUAAUGUGACCCGUGCUUCCAGGCGGAGGCAGAGAUCUUCUGGUUGCUGUUAUGAUUCUGUUAACUGGCUCCUGAGGGCUUUCUGUCAAAUUGACCCUGAGAGCGUUCAAGUCUUCCCCUGUCCUCUAGAGGACACUUAUCUCCUGUCCUCUGUCAUGUCUACAGGGACACACUGCCGAACAGCUGCUUGUGUUCACCCACCGCACAGCGUUUUCAUAAACACUUCUAUGGUUUAUUUACCGCUGCGUGUGUAUUGAAGUGAAAUUAAUACCUGUUUGUGUUUGUGUGUUGUUUAGUUUGCAAUGACAACAACCCAUGUGAGGGCCUGAGUCGACACGCCACUUUUGAGAAUUUCGGGAUGGCCUUCCUCACACUAUUUCGAGUUUCCACCGGAGACAACUGGAACGGGAUUAUGAAAGUAUGGACGCACACAUUUACACACACACAUAACAAUAUAAUCCAAUAACCAGAGAGAGAGCAAUGACCUUCAAAACCAAUCAAGAAACAAUAAAGUGACUGAGUUAUUCCACGUGAUAAAAUAUAAUGUGUGAUGUAGAUCACUGACUGACACAAUUUAUACAUGUAGACUCUAUUAUGGAGUUCAUGUUUAAAAGAACUUUUACGAUGAACUUUCAGGAGUUUAUGAGUUUUUGUUUGAUGACUCUCAUCAAAAAAAUGGAAGACACAUGAAGAAGAAGUAGCAGACUGUUAGCAUGCUAGCCGUAGCAGCUACUGAGAGAUGAUUCAGCAGUUUUAGAGCUAAUGUUCAAGCUUUGUCGUGAAUCCAAAAACAACAUCACGACUUGAGCCUCACUUAUCAAUUAAACAUUUAUACUUUCUAACCUUUCAUAUACUUCAAAAUAAAAGCAUAGUUUGAGAAUGCAGGAUAUAAAGUCACCUGAACGCAAGACAGAAAAGGUAUCAAAAUAAAAGCAUGACAAACAAUUGUUUAAUAAGAUGAUGUCGAAGUUCUGGUCAUGGGACUGAUAAUAGAUCAUAAAAUUUCAACAUUAUUAUUCAUCAUUUUGUAAUUGAACUUAUUAUUUUAUUCAUUUUAUGUAUUGAAGUGCUUUAAUUGAUAUCUGAGCACCUAUCUUUACCUUUUUACUAUUAUUUAUUAUUAUUAUUUUAACUUUGUUUUCUUGGGUCAGUGAGACAUUUAGGUUUAAAAACACACACAAGGCUUAUAAAAACCUGUUUAAUGCCCAGAUGUUUUUGUUUUUCCUUUAUUAAGCCUUGGUUUGAUCUUAGUUUUUCAAGACUUCUAACUUUCUAAUGCUCUAAAUCUUGGCCUGUAUUACAAAACUGAGUCCCUGAACUAUUGAGAUUUCAUAGCUCUGUAAUCCAGCCUCUGGUGUAUCUAUAUAUAUAUAUGUAUUCAUAAUUAGGAAUUAGCAGCUGUAAUUAAAAAUGAUGGGUCCGGGUCUGUUUCACCCUGUUUUCCUUUUCUUUCCCUCUGAAUCUUCUUUCCGUGUCUUUUAAGGACACGUUGCGUGAGUGCCACCCAGAAGACCGCCACUGCCUCACUUACCUACCCUUGGUGUCUCCUAUGUACUUUGUCACCUUCGUGCUUAUGGCCCAGUUUGUGCUGGUCAAUGUGGUGGUGGCAGUUUUGAUGAAACACCUGGAGGAGAGCAACAAGGUACGAGGAUUUGAGUGUUUUAGACUGAGAAAAUGCAGAAACACAGAAAUAAGGGUGAAAAUUAAAGCUCCUGUGAGGAACUUUCAGUUUUGGCAAUUUUUGCCCCCUCGUGGACAAAGAAAAUUUUUAAUCUUUCUGAUUUUUUACAGUCAGAUUGAUCAUUUAUUGCGACAGUUUCAUGUGAAAAAACGCAUAACAGUUGCUUAGCUGACACCUACCCCCUCACACUUGUUUCAGGCGUCAAAAAUCAAUUACAAAAAUGACCAAUCUCGUUUCUAAUGGUUUUGUUUGCUUUGAUAUAUUAUAAAAAGACAUCAAUAUGAAUUCGUGUCUGUUCCAUCACCAUAAAAAAUAUCCUUCCUGGAGCUUUAAUAACCAGAAAACACACACGAUACACGUUUCUUUACAAGGAUGGUGUGUAUUUAGGUUACUGUGUCAUCACCCUGAAAGAAACAAAGGGGUUUCUUUUGAUGGAUUAUAUUUGACUGACCUUUUAGGAGGCUAAAGAGGACGCGGAGAUGGAUGCAGAGAUUGCCUUAGAAAUGGCCAUGGAGAGGGAGCAGCGCAGAACAAGCACAACCUCCAACAACAGUUCAGCAGAGGGGACAUUUGUCGGGCCAUGUCCAAAUUCACCUGGAGAGGUAAGAAUUGAGGGAUGUAUUUAAAGACAGCAGUUUACUCUUGUUGUACACGUCUGAAUUUAUCUUUUGCUGCAUUGACUCAACGUGAGUUAAGGACUGAGUUACAGAGCUGGUGUUGGAUCUUUGUGGUCUUUGUCUCCCCCUGUAGGAGGAAGAUGUGCACUACGGUAACCAAGACCUGCUGUCUCCAAGGAAGAUGUCUGUAUCCAGGAUGCACUCUCUGCCUAACGACAGCUACAUGUUCCGACCUGUACGGCCCGCCAGCGCCCCCUACCCUCUGGAGGAGAUAGAGCUCAGUCCCCAGCACCAGCAUCCUUCAGGUCUGUUCAGGGUUUUGAUAAUGGAUAAGAAAUCAGACUUUUCUGUUGCUCAUUAAACAGCUGCUGAUUUUGAGCUAACAGAUGGUUAAUUUUCAUGUUUACUCGAGCUCUACAAAAUGAGAGUGUGUAGCUACUGCUGGUUAAAGUUAGGAUUACGUUUCAGUGUGGGAGACAGGAGACUAAUACAUGUUCACAUACUAGAAAUUUCAGAACAAGCCCAAUCUGGAGAAUUGCCUCAUUGUCCAAAAUGUUCCUCCUUUGGGAUUUAGACUCACAGCUCUGCCUCUUUUCCCAGGGGGUUUGGAUAACAGCCGCUGGUUACACACCAUUAACAGUAUAAAAUGCACAAACCGACAGAUAUGCAAAUGGCAUCACAUGUUACCUAAACUGCACACUGGGUCACAUUCAUGAGCAUUCAUGCCAGCAGAACAAAUUAGUGUGUAAACUGAGGGACAUUCAUAGGUGAUCUGACAUUCAUCAGUAUUUUAGAAACUCUGAAUUGAUUUGUUCACAGCUACUUACAACAUCUACACAGUUUCUUGUGAGAGUUUAAAAUUGAUUUUCUUGUGGACGUACUCAUGUGCCCAUAAACAAACCAGAGUUUUCAGAUUGUGGACUUUGAUGUGUAAAUUUACACAUAAAUUUACUAAUGUAUCAUGAGUGAGACCUGUUAUCCUUAAGGGUAAAUGUAAUCCCUAUCAAAGGUUUAAGGCAGCUUACGUGAGUGAUACAUUGAGGAUACCUGUGCAGUACUUGAAGGCUGCCAAGAUUGUCCAAACUGGCAGCAAGUCAGCAGCUGGACAUGUCUCCUUAUGCUGAGCUUGCCUUAUUUGAAAAUGUCCUUCCAUAAUCAAAAGUGCAAUCAAUAUUUGGUAAUUCUGACAAAAAACACAUACAUUUUUCAUUUCUGUGACAUAUUUAAAACACACAGGCUUUAAACAGAAGUGAAAAGAGUAAUAAUCACAGUAUUUAUAGGGAUAAGAAAAACAAUUUAUUUUUAUUGGACUCUGAAAAAAAAAAAGUAAAAAUAUGUUUUUUAAUGAAGUCAACAGUUGCUAAAUAGUGACAUCAAACCUUGCAUGAAACUGUUUCAGAGUCAAAAACCUAAUUUUUUGUGUUAGUUACCUUGUUUAUACAAUGCCUACAAAUUAUGGAAACACGCUGUAUUUACAAUCCGACAUGAAACUUUCUCAUCUUAUUAGUCCAUCAUUAGAACAGAAGAUGUUAGCUUGACUAAAACUGCCCUUCAUCCACAAGAUAACAGAAGAAUUGUUGCUUUUAAUAACUUAUUUUAACUUAAAUGCAUUUGGACCUUCCAGAAACAUGCUUCUAAAACCUAAAAUAACUUGGGAACAUACAAACAUGUGACAACAUUACAGUGAAGAACAAUGUCUCUCAGCACUGACUGGCCCUGUUUCAUCUGCAGUCAGACUCUAAUGGCAUGUUGUGGCCAGGCUGUGGACAGACCCAGCUCUGUCCAAAGGUACAGACUGACUGUAGUGGAUGAGCUGAUACACGUGAACCUCUGCAAACUUCACACAGGCUCAUCUGCUCAGCUGCAGGGAUGGCUGAAUACAAGAAUGAUUUAACGGCCAAGCUGCAAAGUCAGAAAACUAAAAAACAGCAUCAUCACAGCUGUGGUGCUUUAUCAUUUGUUUCUAUCUCAUGACUUGAAGUAGCAGAUUCACUGUCACGUGGCUUUACAGCUUGGCUUGUAACCCUAAAGCUAAAGAUCUUACUCUGACUUUCUGCAACAUUUCAACCACUGACUGUUAAAAAAAGAUGAAAGGAAUCACAGCUCCUCAAAAGUGAAGCCAAACUGACAGCUGUUUAGCUGGUCAUAAACCACACCUCCUCCAUGUAACAGAUUAGACAAAAAUGAAACUUCUAAUUUGAAGAUCAAAUUGUAUACUGUUUUUCAUUAGCUUUACCUACACACUGGUUUAAGUACGGAGUCAAAUAUUCCACUGUGUUAUGAUUUUUACCCAAAGAUGAGAGCUUGCUACAUAUCUUCAGCCGACCAGAUUUUUAAAAAUCACACACAGGGCUCUAUUUUGGUGCCUCGCCGAAGACGUGCCGCAAGCGCAGCGUCAAUCAGAUCCGCCGCGCUGACAAGGCGUUCCCAAGCACAUUUUGGUAUUUUGGUGAGCCGCGCAGCCCGGCGUAAGUAUCCCCCCUCCCUAACUCAGCUCCUCCCGGCAGCAUAAGUCAUAGACGGGGAGGAGAGAGGGCGUGGAGUCGGUUUAACACAGCCGAGACCUGUUUUCACCAAUCACAUAAGCUCCUCUCCUUGCCUUUAAAUCCGCCACCGGCGAGGCGUAAUACUAUUUUCAUGAAGUAGUCAAAGAGAUCGAGAGAUGUCUGAAGACAGUUAUGCCACACGAUGGCGACAGAGGGCAGCUGCUCAACAAGUUGUCCUCCACACUCUCUCAUCUGAGCACAGAUGGAUUUGGUGUGCGUAAUGUUGGACCCACUGGUAAGACAAACACCCUUUUCCACAAAAAAGACACUCACAUAAAGUUGCAUAUAUUCAAACCUCACGUGACAAAGGUGGGUUUAGCGCACAGAUCACAACAUAAACUCCAAAAAUGGCAUUAAAAUCGGAACCAUCUGUGCGUAAAUGACGCAUCGCGCUCCGUGGCCUGGCUCUUUCUUUCAUAGAUGUUGGCAUAUAAAAUAAAUUUGGCCCACAAAACUGAAUAUUAUAAUAUCCGUAUGUCGGCUUAAAGUAGAUCACGCAUCUGAGCACUGAAACAAAUCAUCUGUUCAGCCGCAGCAGCUGCAGCAAGACGGACAGAGGACACGGAGACGUGUCCAGGUCGAGCUGUGCGAGAAAUAAGAGGAAGAAAGAAAAGGAGGGAGACACAUUACAUAUCUUGUUAACUUCAUCAUGUGUGAAUAUUUACUAGAUAUUUAAUUUAAUUUGAUGCAGUUUCAGCUGUAUUGAUUCGGUCAGGUUGUGUGCCCAAACGCGUGCCAAACGCGUGCCAAACGCGUGCCAAACGCGCUCAUCAGAUCAGAUAUAGAUCAGAAUAUAUCUAUAUAGAUCUAAAUGUAUGUGCUGACUCAGAUUAAUAGUUGAUGAUGAUUAUUUAUUGCACUGAAAUCUGCCUGACACUGUGGAAACCUGCCGGUGAGGCAUCGGUGACGUAUGUCGAUACGCCGCCGGUCUACCAAAAUACUACUAGACCAGCUGCGUUCCGCCUUGCGCUGAAAGCUGACCAGGUUUGAAUCGGCGAGCUUUCAGCGCACGUUACACGCCGGUGGCGAGCACGAAAAUGUCACUGCGCCAGCUGAUUCUGUCAACACCUCCCCCUGCCAUGCCACCACGCCCAGCUUGGCGGAUCUCGGCUCGCCUCCGUGCGACUCAGUCCACGAAAAUACCAAACUCGCCUUACACCGGGCUCCGCCAGACGAAAAUACAACUGCGCGGGGCUCGCCGCCCUCCGCCGCCUCACCGGCGCGAACGAAAAUAGAGCCCUUAAUGUAUCAUACUUAUUGCCUUAGCACUAGGGUUACUUUACGACUUAUUGUUGUAUCUUGUAACUGGAACAUUAUCAGCAAAAGUCAGUGGUGUGAUAGUCACUGCUCAUCAUUAAGUGUAUUUUGGCUUCACUUUUGUACAUCAGGCGGAGUUGGAGACAAAUCAUACAUGUUUUUCUUUUACAAUCAGUGGUUUCAAAUCUACAGCAGCGUCUCUGUUACUCAUAGGUACAGUGAACCUGUGAGUGCAGAGAGCCUCAGACCCUGGUUACAUGCAGCUCAAAGCAGAUAUAUAACAGAGUUUUAAACCAUGAUGGAGCUACUUGCCUCUUAUCACUGUUUAAUCCCAUCUGUACUCCACCAUGAUGACUAAAUACAGCAGCAUGGAGCUGCUGAUGUAACCAGGAUCUAAUGCAGAAUAUAACAUCCAGUGAACUGGACUUGUAUGACUCUUUUUCCUCUCAGUGUUCCCACUGAGCAGCCUACUCUUAUGUGCUCAAAUGUUUCUCAAAGCACUUUAUUUUGAUGGUGUACGGAAUUUAUUUGGGAUGAAUCAAAAGUUUAAAUUUAACAGUUUCUCAUGUGAUUGAUACCUGAAUACCCCCUCAAAAUAAAGUGUGGAGGAUAUUUUGGCUUUUUGUUGUUUUGAAAUAUCCUUUUUAAAUGAUCCUGAAAUAAUAAAGCAUUUGUGUUUUAAAGUAUGUAUACGCUUUCUGCACAACUGCAGGUUCAGUGACUUCAGUCCACUCCCAGCCAUGUGAGAGUCGCACACUGCUGCAAGUUCCAGACGUCUCCCCGGUUCAUCCUCGAUCACCUCCCACCCUCAGCUUACCGCGCAUAGCCCCGCCCUCUCCUGGCCCCUCCCCAAAGGCCAUGCACAGACAGGUAUGUAACCCCUUAAAUUUGUAAUGUUUCCUGAGUCUUUGGCCCUCCCACUAGAGAUGCAAGGGAACCUCAAUUUUACUUAUUAGCUCUAGCGUGUACUUCUUUGAUUUCCCUCCUUUCUCCUCAGUCUUCUCUAACAUGUGUUUCCUUAAGUACUCCCAGUCUGACUGAAAUAUUGCAUGAUAGCUUUGAGAACAAGCCAGAGUCAUCAUCUACAAUUACAUUUACAGAAUAUUCCCUGUUGUUAAAUAUACUGGUGGCAUGUAAAUGCUAGAUCAGGUCAAAUCACAUGUAAACAAACACUUAAACAUACAGUUUAUCUCUGCCUGUGUGUCUGUUCAAGUGUCAUGGUGGUCUGCUGUUUCUGCUGCAGGUGGCUGUCAAAGUGGAUUCUGUGGAGUCUCAGGGCUGUGAGCAGCGGGAGAGGCCCAAACCAAUCCAUUUGCCUCCCCCCUCUCCUUCCCCCCUCUCUCCCCACAACUCCUCUCCUUCUCCUCUCCCCCCUCCUCCUCCCUCCUCCCCCUCAGCCCUCUCCUUCCCACCCUGUUCUCCUUCCUCCUUCCCGCUCCCCCCUCCUUCCCCACUGCCUCCCCCGCCAUCCUCCCCCGCGCUGCUUCUUCCUCCGCCUCCCUCCCCUCGCCUCCCCCUGCGCCCUCCCAGCCUCAGGAGACCCAGACCGCCGUCUGCAGCCUCCCUCUGCGACCCAGCAGACGAGGAGGUGUACCACAUUACCAGCUCGGCCCGCCACAGGUGGAGAGACGAGGAGGGGGGAGGGCUGGAGUGCAGAGGGAAGACCGGACGCAGUCACUCCCUCUCUCCUUACACAACGUUGUGCUCUGCAGACUCGUCGUCCACAUACUCACCCCUUCCUCCCCCGUUGCCGCCCUCCUCCUCCAGGAGUGCGCUCAGUCUGCUUGGAGCAGGGCUGACAGACCAAGACUUCAGGAAGGGUUCAAGGGUCGCAAACCAGAGCUUCCUGGACAAGCCAUCAUCAUUAACUGCUGGUUUCCCUGACGACCAGAGGCGCCACUCUAUUGAGGUCUGCCUCCCCCAGGUCCUUGACCCCAGUGAUGACCAGAGCUUCACACGCCGGUCAGAAAAGGGUGGUCAGGCCUUUCCUGUCAGGGUGCAGUCAGUCGGGGGCGGCCACAGAAAAAAGAAGAUGAGUCCUCCAUGUAUCUCCAUCUACCCACCCUCAGAGAGGGAGCACCCGCAUACCGCCUCACCCCCAAAACUGGCAGACUGCAGCAUGAUGCUGAGACGCAGAACGCCGUCGUAUGACCUCACCCCACACACACAGUCAAACACACACACCCAAGACGUUUCACCGAUGCACUCCCCUAUGCACACGGCGCUCACACCAAUCCACGUACCGCUGCAAACACACUCACCAACACCCUCUACUCCCACACACGCUCUCUCAUCCACACCCACUCACCCGCACAUCCCCAUCAGCCCAAACAUCUUCAUUCAACCUCACGCGCCACUCGUUCCAAACACGAUGCCUUUCCCUCAGACGCGCUCCCACUCCCCUGCUGCGAGACGCUCCCCUCUCACAGGUGACUACAUCCCCCUCCCGCAGUUCACUUUCGACCAACCACAGUCCAGAUAUAUGAGCAGCCUAUCAGACGCUGAGACAGCCUCAUGCUCCUCCCCUUUUGACAACAGAUUGGGAAGUGGGGCAGGAUUCAGUGCUAAGAAUCGGAGGACCGCUCAGUGA